AUGCUUAUCUCAAGGGAAGCGCCAAAUGGUGAAAAAUAUCUGGAAAUAAACAAAGAGCGCGGAGCAGUGUUGGCGACUAAAAACUAUCAAGGUGGCCUAGAUGAUAAAGAAGAUGAGUCAAACGGAAAAAUAUUUGAAAGACGAGGCUCAAAACGCUGCCCAGUGAAACUCAUCGAGAAAUACCUGUCACAUCUGAGUCCCAAAUGCAGCAGUUUAUUCCAGAAACCAAGAAGCUCGUGCAAAGCGUUUAACCCAGCAACGGAUCUUGUGUGGUACUGCUCGAGUCCACUUGGCCACAACACGCUUGAAAAUAUGCUACGAAGAAUGACAUCAAGAGCUGGAAUAAAGCCACAUCUAACAAACCACUCGAUCAGAGCGACCACCGUGACGGUUUUGCCAGCUGCAAACAUCGAGAGUCGGUACAUCAGGGCAAUAACCUAUGGCGUUCAUUACUAUUCAAAACACUUUGAGCACAUUUUUGACUUUCUGACACCUUUUUCACGUCCAGGGGGUCAAAUUCCCCAGUCACGUAUCACGUAUGGCGUUCAUUAUGGCGUUCAUUACUAUUCAAAACACUUUGAGCACAUUUUUGACUUUCUGACACCUUUUUCACGUCCAGGGGGUCAAAUUCCCCAGUCACGUAUCACGUAUGGCGUUCAUUAUGGCGUUCAUUACUAUUCAAAACACUUUGAGCACAUUUUUGACUUUCUGACACCUUUUUCACGUCCAGGGGGUCAAAUUCCCCAGUCACGUAUCACGUCGUAAAAUUUACGACGUAAACCUUGUACUCGCAUCGUUACGUCGUAAAAUAUAACAACGUCUAUUUUACGGCGAGAAAUUUAUGGCGUUCAUUACUAUUCAAAACACUUUGAGCACAUUUUUGACUUUCUGACACCUUUUUCACGUCCAGGGGGUCAAAUUCCCCAGUCACGUAUCACGUCGUAAAAUUUACGACGUAAACCUUGUACUCGCAUCGUUACGUCGUAAAAUAUACCAACGUCUAUUUUACGGCGAGAAAUCUAUUAUCCUUCAGUGUACUUUGAAGGUCGUCCCGUCCUUAUUAAAAGUCUUCAAAUAUAUCACGACGUGAUUAUAUUUAGCAUGACACGUUACGACGUAAAAAUUACGACGUAAACGAGGAGGUUCGCGUUACGACGUAAAAUAAAUUUUAGCUACACGUUACGUCGUGGAUAUUUACGGCGUAAAAGCAAGGUACGUUGUAAUAAAUCCAUUCGUCAAGUUGUCAAUCAAAUAGGUUUUACGUCGUAACUUUUACGACGUAAAAUUUAUCUGCUUCUUAACUUGUCAAUCAAAUAUAAUUUUACGACGUAAAGUUAAUAUAGUUAAAGUUGUCAAUCAAAUAGGUUUUACGUCGUAACUUUUACGACGUAAAAUUUAUCUGCUUCUUAAGUUGUCAAUCAAAUAUAAUUUUACGACGUAAAGUUAAUAUAGUUAAGUUGUCAAUCAAAAAAGGUUCGCAAUGUCUAAUAAGUUAACUUCAAAGUCUUAAUAGAUUACCAUCUACAAUGUUUAAUAAGUUAACUUCAAAGUCUUAAUAGAUGACCAUCUACAAUGUUUAAUAAGUUAACUUCAAAGUCUUAAUAGAUUACCAUCUACAAUGUUUAAUAAGUUAACUUCAAAGUCUUAAUGGAUGACCAUCUACAAUGUUUAAUACUGAGUUAACUUCAAAGUCUUAAUAGAUUACCAUUUACAAUGUUUAAUAAGUUAACUUCAAAGUCUUAAUAGAUUAACGUUACUUCAAAGUCUUAAUAGGUUACCAUUUACAAUGUUAAUUAAGAACGUAAGUGUCUUAUCCAAUAUAUGUUAUUGAUAAUACUCCCCCGCUUUCUUUUAUUUUGUCAAUGAACACUCCUUGUAUUUUAUAGCCGAUGUCCAGUUUAUCCUAGCAUCGGUUUAGUAAAAUAAAACGCUUCAUUUAGUGUAUGUGAAUGAGUGUUCUAUAAACGUUCUUUGAUAUUUAUAAAUAUCUACAAUCCAGGGAGAAAAAAGAUUUACUUAUUAUUUAACAUUCAUAUAUAAGCUUAAGGGUCCUGAGAGCAGGAGAGGCCCCGUGAGCGAAAGUACUGCUAGGCCCAUCCCAUUCCCAGGAGACUGGUAUUAAAAUACAAUAUGCUUUUGUUUCCGUACUUAAAGAGAACAACUACACCACAUGUACAGGAUUUUAACAGAUAGCCACGGACUCAGGGGAACCAGGGCCGUAGCCUAGAGGAAAAACUAUCUGUUCACAGUUCUUUGUACAGAUAGAGGAUAUUACAUGGCCGCGCGGGGAUACGAAUUUUAUCGUCGAGUGCUGAAGGUAUCUCUCACGAGAAGAUAAACUUCGUAUCCCCAAGCGGCCGUGUAAUGUUCUGUUUAUUUUAUAGAUACUGAUGAUAUUCCUACAUAAAACACAACUUUUUCUUGCUUCAUUUUCGAAACAGCAAAAUAGUGCAAUUAAAGUGGUCAACUAUUGCAAAAUGCCUGUCACAGAAAUGUUAUGAAACUCGGAUAUAAAGUUAUAAAGGAGAAAUAAAGACAAUAAUACUUAUAUUUCCUGCUCCAAAAGGUCAAAAUUCUAAUGAAGAAUGGCUAUUCUAAUGAAGAAUGGCUAAUCAUGUUAGUAACCAUGGCGACACCAAUAUCCUCCCACGUGAAAGAUGAAGAUAUGAUUUUUUAGUAAAAGGAAAAAUCCUGGUAUUUCAUCAGUAUCUAUAUUAUAAAUGAGAAUACAACAAUGUUUUGGAAAAUUAUAAAAGUGUUUGGAUUUUGAGCCGUUUGGUCUGGAGUAGGUUAUGGGUAUCAAGGGGACCCCUAGACUACGAACAGUUUCUGUCUUUUUCUUUAAUUUUCAGUGUCAGAUACUGAACAAGUUAUUGAAUGCGUUCGCGAAUCGAGCACAACUUCCAGAAGCCAGGUCUGAGAAUGACGGGUGUUGAAAAUUUCAUAUAUUGGUCUGAAAUAGGAUCAGGAUUUGGAUAACCGGGCGGUACACUUCCACCGAUAUUUCUGUAGAAUUCCAGGGUGUUCCUGAACCCAACCUACUUAGACGAGAAUGGAGCCCUUGCUACUCAAGUAAAUAACUGGUAGCUUAUUUGAAUAGUAAGGGUUCCAUUCUCGUCUAAAUAACGGCUCCUGACCUCGUCAAGGGGGAGGAAAUCCUCCCAGCCUAGCGGUGCGGAUUGAAGGAGCCACCUCGGUGAAGACGAUCGGCGGGCGAAGGCGUCACUUCCUUGGCGGAGGGUUAUGCUGGUGGGUGAGAAAAAAAAAUUAGUUAUUUUUAUCCUUAUUUUUCAAAUAAUCGAUGUUAAAUUGUACAAAAUGUCACAGUAGAUUGAAUAUUUACCUUAAGUUGAGGAACGCGGGAUCCGUUUCUGCGUUUUCAAAGAAAAACCCCGUGUUCCCGGCAGUGGACAUCUUGGGCACUAUAAUCGCCCUGAAUUGGCCUGCGAACAAAGGGCUCUUUAUGCCCACCGCCCGGCCCACGGAGUUUGACUGCUCCUCGAAACCCGUGAUAUUCCAUUGGAACGUAGCCACUCUUCCCGGCGUCAUGGGUGGUGUCACCUGAAGUGUAAUGUAUAAAAUGUUCAUUUUAGCCCGCGAGCAAGCUCUCCUGCCUUUCCGAUCCUCUGCCCCUCGCGGCUUCGCCGCUCGCUCGCACGUUCUCGCGAAAAUCGCUUCGCUUGCCCACAUAGGAGAGCGUGCUCGCAGGCUAUGUUCAUUUACACCCUCAGUUGUAAAAACUAUGUGUGAAACUAUUACGGUUAAAUAAUUUGUGCCAAUCAAAUAUUUCUUUUGCUAUUACUUACUUCGUUUAACUGGUUCGCCCUCCUUUCUGCGAGCAGCAGCUGCAAGUGGCUCGCUGCGUUAUCUGCCUCAUGUCUCGCUAGAUCCUCUCUUCGCAAGACAUCGUUACACACCGGGAAUGGACAAGUAACGAAUGCGCGGGUACAUGCGGAGGCAAUGUGCCCGUUUAAUUGGUCCCUGGAAGAGAGAAUUUCCUUUUCUUUACGCCUUUUGUCUUCGUGUCGUUGUUUCAGGUUAGAGAUAUAAAGUUUAAAGUAAGUUAAUUAAUAUUAACAAUAUUGGUCAGGGCUUUUUGCGCCUAAUAGUAGGAGAGAUUGCACGAGACUAGUACUUACCGGGGUAUGGAAACCAGAUUGCAAUUGAACGGGCACAUUACAGGGGCCUUCCGACAUGCCAGCUCCUGGUGGUCGUGGUAUUGCCGGAAGGGCAGCGUAACUCCGCAGUACCCGCAAACUUGGGGACGCAUGUCGCAUUCGCCGGUGUGCCUUUGCAUCUCACCGCGAGGGAACGUCUGUGAACAGCCACGGUGGGUGCAUUGGACGGGCUCGUGGAGGCAUUGCUGCUGAUGACCGGAGAUCGUCUCUAGUGCGCCCGUCCAAUUAAACCCGUCCGUUCGUCUUGAACAAUACACUUCAAGGGAAUCGACUACCCUGUCGAAAGUAAUUAUGCCUCUGACAUCAGAGGCUUGGAGGGGCUGCCUUCCGACAGGGCAGUUUGGGUGUCCAUGCGCAUUUAUCCAAUGUCGCAGGCAGGUACGGCAGAAGAGGUGGCCCUCGUUGCAUGCCACAGCUUGACGUAUAACGUAUUGACUGUAAGGGAAAAGAGAAGGACAAAAUUUGUACAGUACUCCGGAUGUCAAGUGAUAGGGAAGAUGAAGGCAUUCUUUGAGUUUGAAAUUUUCGAAUCCAGGAUUUGUGACAAAGAACAUCAGCCUCCUCUAGUAAACUAUAUCACUAGUAUCUAACAGGGCAUUUUUUCCACUCGCCCGGAGGUAAAUGUUAGUCGCCUCAGGCGACCGGGCGCCGUUACAGUACAGCCUUGGAUUUUCAAAAGUGUCAGUUUUGUUGAAUAUAUCGAUUGCCUACCGAAGAUCAAAUAUCAUGGACUGCCUUCGCCAGGAAGAUACUUUGCACAAUUUGAACUCAUCAAUAUGGUAUUCCGAACGUUUGUGGAUUCCUUUUCUUAUAUUACAUCUGAGCCGCAGAUAAAUAAGAAAAAUGCGAUCAGAAUAAAAUCGCGGCUUUCAUUUUGGCAUUCGAGCUAGGAACAGAUUAUUAACUCACCAAAUAGGGCACAAGUAAGCUGGGUCAGGCUGCUGGACGAAGGAGUCGGGAUGGUGACCGACUUGAAUCAUCCUUGACAUCCUUAUUGUCUAGUUUUAUCUUGCCAAACAAGAGCUAAAAGGCAGGAGCAGAAUAUCGACUGGAUCGCACGCGGUUCGUCUACUCCUGAUCAGAGGUGAACUCGUAGAGCAUGCAUGUAGUUGACCUCCCGUUGCGCUCUAGUUGGUGAUGGAUUGUCGCCAGAUCUGCUAAAACAACAUUCUAACCUAGCCUGGGUGAUUACUUGGCCCUCCCCUUCAUUUAUAUGACAAAGGCGGGAUAUAAGUAAUGGUGUUCGAUAUUAGAGACGGUCCAUUAGAAAUAACCAGAGGUGGGGUGAUAAUUCCCCCAAAAAUUCCCUGCGAGCGGUGAUACGUAAAUAAAAAUUCGUGCAGAGGAAGCGACAUACACAGAAUUUGAGGUUAUUAAAAGUAAGUGGUAAGGGGGAAAAAGAUAAAAUAAAACAAUGAAAAGAAAGAGAGAAUUGAAAUUCUUAAGUUGUGCUUCAGUACUUUUAUUUGAAAAUAACUGUUUGAAAUUUCUUCAUACAACAAAACAAAGCUUGCUUUCCACACAGUCUUCAUUGUUAGUUUAACCACUGAUAUUGCUAUCACAGAUAAUUAUACUAUAAAAUCUCUCUCUUCAGAUAUAAAAUGUAUUUCAAAAUAUUUUUUAUAUAACAUUAAGCAAUAUAAGAAAUAAAACAUUUUCUUAGCUAUAUAACUAUUUCUGUCAAUUUCGAUUCUGGUUAGUCUGUUAUUGUUCUCUUUGUGAUGACGAUUACAUGAUUUUCCUUUUGCUGUUUAACACAAUGAUUUUUUUCAAGCCUGUAAAUAAGUUUUGAGCCUCUGGAACCUUCCAACGUUUCAAAUUCUCCUUUUUUCCUCAAUUCAGCCGCAGUUUUCUCAUGUUAGUUUGAGGUAGUUUGUCUUCUUGGUGAGAAGUGGCCCGCAUUAGCCUCGCUUUCGCGGAAAAACAAGCCCUCGUCAUACGCCGCCCGGGAAUGAGGGGAAUACGAAACUCGCCUAUUGAAGUGCUACGUGCUUUUCAUUAACUAUUGAUAUUCUGGCUAAAUUGUGAACUGGGAACUUUCUACCAAUAAAUAACAGUACAUUAUUUUAUUGUUUCCGAAAUAAAAACGACAGACAAAAUAACUAAAUUUGUACAUCAUAUUCCAGAAUGGCAGGCAUUCUUUUGUCUUAUAAUAAUGCCAUGUUUCAAGGUACCGGGGAAAUACUGUUUUUGACUUCUGCAGAAUGGGGGGAUGCAAUUGAGGUACCAAGUGCGAAUUAACGUUAAUCACCUGUGAUUGAUUAUUAAUCAGACACACAGCAAAAAGGAUCCAAGUGGUAAACUAUAAUACGUGAUUCUCUUACAUAGUAGAUGAGUUACAAAAGAAGAAAUGUGAGGAAAAAAUAAUUCGUGCAAAGCUUUUGCCUCAGGAAAAAAAGACUCCUGCAGACAAGUGGGCUUAAAGAAAAAUUUUCGUGCACCGAAAAUGCCCCCACCCCGGUUAUUUCUGAUGGUCCGUCCCUUAGCUAAAACGUUACAAAUGUAAGCAGGGGAAAUGGCGUUGCUGGAGGUGAUUCUUUCCCCUUGCAAGAGCCGAUAAUAAAAUCCUGGCUAGGCCCUUGGUUUGUUUCAAAACAACAACAAAACGACAGCAAACUUUAGUAACAAAUAGCCUUAAAUCAUCAGCAGUGAGAGUAAAGGGAUGACAAGCCAAAGAAAAAAAAAGCUGAUCAAAAAAUUAAAACGAUAAAAGAAAAAUAGCAAAGUUGAAGGCCGUAGAUCCUGCCAAGGAUAAGCAGUGAGAGUAUUUGAGGCAAGCCAAAGGAAACUGUCCGGAUACGUGUGGACAGGGCGCAGGAACCCCUGUUAUCAAACAUAUUUGUUUUUUUCUCUUUUACGUACGACUACAAGAAAGGUUUUUUAGUUCAUCACUUCCUAAGAGCCAUAUAAUCAUCUUUUCGACGACACACGAUCCUUUUUUGCGAUAAGGGUACAAAGUAAACGAACGGAUUUAUACCAGGAGAACUGCUUUGUUUGCGUUUCGAAGCUUUAUCCCAUCCCAGUUUUGAAUUGGACAUCUCUUUGAAAUGUCUUUCAAUCAUUCCACUGCUAAGAUUGCACGGGUAUUCCCUGCUAGCAGAGGUCUCUCACGACGAGACCUCUGCUAGCAGGGAAGCACGGGUAUUGAACGGGUAUGGUGUUCAGUUUUUUUUUUAAGACUAGGUGAUGGAGAUGCUUCACGGGCACCCAACGAGGAUAUGGUUCAAAACCACUUAACAAAGCAUUGUUGAGCGUAUUUUAGCAUUCAAACGGUAGAUAUAGGCAUAUUUUUAUCCCCUAAAAACUUUUCAUCUGUUCGGAUUUCCUAGCUUAAAGUCUAGUGAUCCGAAAAUUAUAGGGAUAAAACUUAUCUUCUAGAAACUUUCAAAAAGGCUCCCGAAAAUUCUGGGUGGCCUUUUUAGGUCAAAAUCCGUUAAAAUGGGUAAUUAUACCAUCUUGUAGAUGUUCGAAAAUCCUAGGGGAGGCAGGCAAGCGAGAAAUUUUUACAACAAAUGCUCCGAAACUUCUAGAUCUCAAAUCGUCUUCCGAACAGAUAUUUUGCCGAAAAUUGCCGUUGGGUGCCCCUGAUGCUUGAGGCUGCAAAAGGAAUCAUGGAAAAAAAAAGAGGAAUCGAAACUUUAGAGGUCGAAUAACGGAAAAAACGACAUCAUGCCUUUUUUGGACAAGAAUAUCGCAUUGCAAAAUUUACAAGACAGUUCCAAGAAAAAACGACCGAUUAAGGAACCAUCGAGUAUUCCCUUUCAUCCCUUAAAGACAAGGGAGGCGAUUUUGUACGUAGGAACCGACAUUGGCUGGUUUACUAGCGAUGGAUACAGACUGAGUAGGAACUAUAAUCAAGAGCGUAGAGCCUUGAGAUUGGGUAUAAUUACUCCAAGUACGACUCCUUCAGUUUCGAUCUAGUGAAAACUAUAAGUUUUAGGAGUUCCACUCAGAAGCUAAAGAACUAAACCCAUCACAAAGCAAGGGAACAAGCAUUGUGACUGGUUUAUCCUUCCACUCCUCCUAAUCUGGUUUUCUACAUCAUAAGCAGAACUGUGAAGAAUAUAAAAUUCUGAUGACUCCAAUUGAUGACUAUGAUUUUUUAUUUUCACUAGGUGAUAUUAAAGUGCUUUUACGACUCUGAUUGUGACCCCGACUUUGUCACGAGUGAAAACCAGCCGAAAACAAGGAUUUAGUCGGAUUGCACUCAGGUGCCUCUCUUGCCCAAUUUCCUUCCUUUAUGAGGUUGGAAGGUUUAUGUUCGUCUACAUAUGUUGGUAUACACUUUAUUAUGAUACACAGUUUACAGAUAUACUUCAUUAAUUUUAGGCUAACUUGUGUAGAACUGAAUAAAUGUUUGAAAGUUUUGAUUUCACUAUUUGCCGAUAAUUAAGGGAAGAAAAAGAGACCCAUGAAAUACUGAAAUGGCCCGACUUGGAGCUGAAUCGGCUACUUUUUGAGGGGUAGUUUGCAAGAGGGCCGAAAUUUGAGGGGGCUGUUUUGGCCACUUGAAAAUCAAAAGUAGCACUAAUGUUUUCGCCUGGUCUAAUUUGGAUCCGAUGUAUCAAUAUAGUCCCAAAAACUGUUACCAAAACAGCCUCAUUUCAGUGAGGCUGAAUCAGGGCCCCUGAAACAGUACCAUCCUGGAUUCACCCGUUUUACCCGUAAAUUACCUAUUUUCAUUUCACUGUGUUGUACUCGUGAAUCUUUUAGAGCAAACGAGUCACCCUACUAUAAACGGGAAAACCUUUUUUUAUUAAAAUCAAAUUGAUUUUUAUUGUCUUCACAACAUGGAAUGUGAAAAAAGGCCAGUAUAAGGGUCAAAUACCUAAAGGGGCUUGUAACAUCUGGCGGCAGAGAACUAAAUGUGUUGUCCUUGUCUUUCAAUAAAUCGAUACAUGGAAAUUAGUCUGAAUCAAGAGCUUCAGUUACUGAUGCUUUGAAUCUCUCAUACAUCUCGGCUUCCCUUCUCCUCACCAAUUUUUUUUUUUCAUCCUUCCUCUCUAUGGAUUGAAUUUUAGACGCGUAAGGAGGCUCCCCGCAAGCCCCAGCAAAACAAAUUCCAGUAGGUCGACACUGUCCUGCAAAAAAAUAAAACAUAAAAGCUAAUGAAUCUUCUUAUGUUGCAAUAUAUAAUAAAAUUAAAAAUUUGUGAUGGUACCGGUACGUCGCGAGGGUCGGGUAGAAACUAGAGAAACAACGCAAAGAGUUUUACUUUAAUUCUGUGCACCUUGCAGAGGCAGAUCGACGCGGUCUCACUAUGAUUCUUUUUUUAUGGCAACAAAUCCAACCGCAUUGUGGUGUCGCGCUCCCGUCGAGGGCAAUCAAAUAUAUCCUAUUCUUGCGCUACAAACUCCAACCUUAUCUAGAUUACUGUAUCCAGUUUGGGAAGGUACGUUUUUAAUUGGGAGAGAGGACUGGGCUUCAGAGAGGAGGGUCAGCCAAAAAAAAAAAAUGGACCUUUGGUGAUGGUCGAACCAUAAUUUAAAAACGGUAUUAAGGGAGAGUGAAGCCUUUUUUUCAUAGUGGUUUGUGUACAUGUGUUCAUGCAGUUACCAUAUUGAAAUCAUUUUUUCGAAUUUUAAAGCUUCGCACCAGUCCUUCUCAUCGAACAAGAACUUGUAAUCUCUCAAGAUUCCUUUCAAACAGCAGUUUUGUUACAGUUCAUUCAUCAUAUUCAUUCACCCUUUCUGUCUUUCUUUUAUCACCUUGUUCUGGCACGGCACGUAAAUGUCUCAGACGACCCGUGUUCUCUUUCGGCCAUAACUUGACCUUCAGUGAUGUGACCACUGUAUGCAAUCACAGGGCUGUGACUUAUAUCGCUCAAUUCUUUUGAUCGUGUUGACGAUCACCGGUUGUUUCAGAGCCUACAAUCCUUUCCUCUUCAUAACUUUUUGAACACGAAGAUGAAGUUUUUUCACGAAGGGGAGUCUCUUUCUCCUAGCCUGAUAAGAACCUGUUGUCGUUAAGUGCUUACAUAAAGCCACUUUCCCUGGCUUCUUCCAAUCAAGUACAAAUGAAGUUGAACAUUCUAUUCAUUUGAGCUCGGGGUUAAAAUUUCGAUAGAUGUUGCUCACGCUGAUAGUGAUAGAUAAUAGGAAUGAGGAAGCUUGUCACUGUCAGAGAAGGGUCGUAGUUGCCGAUUGUGGUGAACCAGUACACAUGCAGUGGAAGCUCAGGAAUGGGGUAGGGUCACGUGUUUACCAGAAAAAGGAUGAAAAAUACCCCCAACCCCCCCCAAUUAAAAAAAAAACUGAACAAACUUCCCUUACUUAUUAUGUACUUUUUUACUGUAAGAUGUAUAAUAUUGCGGAUUCAGUUACCCGAAGUAAAUCAUUGCACUGUUCCAUAUGCCGAAAUGCUCAAUGUCCAAUUACCAAUGCUUAACUUACCAAAGCAAACUUUUUUGAUUUAGCUGUAUACGUAUUGACAUAGUUGGUACGCGAACGUGCAAAAUCCUGUUUUCUGAUCGUAAGGCUACCAUGGGGCACACACCAACGGAAGGUUUCCUCCCAAAUGCGCACUUUCUAGGCUACCAAGAGGAGCGCUGGUAGAAAUGCGCUCUAAGCGGCGCUAUAACAUUUGUACCUGUUCGGUCAUCCUAAGGCAACUUGAGUCAUUUUGAAAGUAUAACUAAGGGCUUCAGUAUCAUUUUCCUGAAAUGUUAAGAUGCAAUUUAAAGUGUUACGAUAGUAAGACAUUUUCUAAUGCUCGCUCCAUCGCAAUUUCAGAGUCUGAAAAUGUUAGGUUUUCUUUUUCUACGAAAAUUUGUUUAACCCGUGGACGGAAUUAAGAACAAUUACACUUUAGAAAAUAGUAGGGAAUUUAUUAGAUAAGCUUCGAAUAAUGUACAUGAAUAGAUUGGUCAUCAAGCUAUAUAGGAAGGUCUGAACACUAUUUGCGGCUAUCCGAACAUGUAUUUUACAGGAAAUGUUCGUUGGGUGCCCCCCGUACAACGGGGUUAACGAAAUCAGUAGUUGGUUUUCCCUGAAUUCUUCUUCCAAAUCAGGAAUGGGCGAAAAUAAGACUGAGGCCAACGCGCGAUUAAUUGUUCUCUUGCUUUUCAAAGACAAAAAAAUCCCGGGAGAACCAAUGUCAUCAAUGCCACGUCGGUCUCAAGUCGUCAUUAAAGGAUCCGACAGAUCAUAAUAAAGGAAAUAAAACUCUUGCUGGUCAUUGAUCAGCUCGAUGAUAAACUAAUAGCGUUUAAAUUCAUGUUCAUUUGAGUCAGCACUGUAUUUUCUUGGCGUUUAGGGAAUUUGGUAGUAUCUUACAGUCCAAUUACUUUCUUAUUUCGUACCUUCCAAAUCAGUUACACUGAACUAGGGAAACAUAAGUGAAUCUGAAAUUGCGGUAACCUAGGUCUCCCAAGGAUUGAAACUACCAGUAGAAAAACCCAACUUUAAAUCCCCUGCGUUUCUCAGUACCAAAAGUUCGAUUUGUUGGGAGCACAAAGAAAACAGACGGAAGUAAGGGAAAAAAAAACACAGUUUUCACUGUACCGUGAACAUUCUAAUCUUUUUCAAUUGUAACUAAACAGAUAAAUGAAAAUUGAAAGAACUAGUAACAAAACGUGACGAAGACGUAGUCUAAAUAGAGCGUGUAUUUUACUGUUUUGAGUAGUAAAGCUGUUUCAUGUUAGAUUUGUGAAAAACAACAUCGGCCUCCGCUACUGAGUACAUGAAACUAUACAUGUACCUACAACACGUCGAAGUUCAAUGUUUCGGACGCCAGUACACUGUUUUUUCCGUAGUUUUCGAGUUAUCGAGGGCAGAACUAUACAGAAAUGAUCUGAGGGAAAAUAAAAAUUAAUUCCGGAGGGUGAAAUUAAAUUCUUUAUCUUACUUUUCUGUCAUUUUUUUUUAAAGUUAUUUUUAUUUUUCUGUAAGGUUAAAGAUGUCUAAGCAAACCAAAGCUUUAAGGCUUUUGGUACCCCUUAAUCUCGUACUGUUAUACUUACCGGGGUAUUCUUAUUAUUAUUAUCAUUACUUUGUAAGCGAGACACGCGAGAAGAAAUGUGCGCGCUCCCCUCGCGCGUGUCUCACACCCCACGGGCGCUAUAACCAAAAAAUUAAUUUGCGAAUAUUCAGUGGGAGGUAUAAAAGGAUGCAGUACCGAUAACUGGACAAUAAAGGGGAACACAACUAGAACUAGCAAAACUAAGAAAUGUGGAAACUGAAAAUACAAAAACGUAAAAAUAAUAGAGCUGUGGGGUAGGGUAGGAGCUUACGCCUCGUCUCCAGAUCUUAUUACAAAAGAUGACACUCUAGACCAUGCGGACGAUUACAAGGGACAUUCCAUAUCUCCUUUCUUUGUGGGAGGUAAAGACUUGUGACACAUUCACCUCUUUCAUUCAUUUUCUUCGAUCGAUACUAUACAUUAUGAGUGACAUAGUGCGUAGUUUUAUAGUUGGUUUACUAGCUUUGGUUGAAGAAAUUAACCGUCUUCUACCGGUUCGUGUGGAUUUCGAACAGCUGGUAACAAAUAUAGCACGUCUCGAAGAAGCAAUUGACCGGUUGUGCUGGCUUUUGUCGGCGAUCAGCGAAGGUAACAUCGGAGGGGUUGCUGCCAACUUUAAAGGCCAACUUGAAGACAUGAAGAGGAAUUUGGAAGCUUUACAACUGCAGCUUUUCGAGAAGAAAAGGUUGCUCGAAUCUGAGACGUAUCAAUGCCAGAGGGAACAGGGCAAUGUCGGGAGACCGAGAUUCAUAAUCUCUCGGGAGCAAAUUUUGUAUUUGCGCGAGUUUUCUUUUAAGUGGACAGAGAUCGCGGAUAUACUUGGAGUAUCUAUAAGCACCCUGAACAGGCAUCGAGCAUCGCUUGGACUCGGUAGUGAGUCAAGAUUCACGGCCAUUGCAGACGACGACCUCGAUGCGCUGGUACGGGAAAUAGUGGGGCGAUCACCAUUUAGUGGCAUUCGUAUCGUUCAAGGGGAGAUGGAGGAUAGGGGAGUCCAUGUCCAGAGAGAGCGUGUAAGAGCGGCACUUCAUCGCGUGGAUGGCCUAAACGUGCGUGCAAGGCUAAGCCACGUAAUACAGAGGAGGCGUUAUAAGGUUCCUGGGCCAAAUUCACUCUGGCACGUGGACGGGAACCAUAAACUAAUACGGUGGAAGUUUGUUGUGCACGGAGGAAUAGACGGAUUUUCCCGCCUUUGCGUUUAUCUAGGUUGCGCAACAAACAACCGGGCAGCUACAGUCCGAGACCUAUUUUACGCUGCGACUGAAGAAUUUGGGUGGCCAUCGCGAGUUCGUUCAGACCACGGCAUGGAGAAUGUGGAAGUGGCGGGUGCCAUGAUAACUCGACGAGGGACGGGAAGAGGGAGCCAUAUUACUGGGAGCUCAGUCCACAACCAGAGGAUUGAACGAUUGUGGCGCGACUAUUUUCGCUGUGUCGGAUCGCUUUAUUACACGUUAUUUUAUUUUAUGGAGGACACUGGCUUACUCACUCCCGACAAUGACGUCGACUUGUUUUGUUUACAUUUUGUUUAUACCCCGUUAAUUAACAAGGCCCUGGAAACAUUUAAACGUUCGUGGAACAACCACAAGCUUUCUUCUGAAGCAAAUGCCACUCCACAACAGCUGUACAUCAGGGGAAUGCUUCAGCGUUUUGGAACGGACGAUCCAGCUGUACGAGAUGUCAUCGAUGGUGAAUCCAUCGACGAAAAUCAGUUCGGAGUGGACCCGAAUGGCCCGACCCCCGAAAACCGGUCCAACAAUGACGUGCAAGUCCGGGAAGUUACCUGUCCCUUGACAGACAUGCAGCGUACACAGUUGGAAGCGCGAAUUCGCUCACUGGAACCUUGCCCAAAUCAUGGCAUUUCGCUGUACCUGGCAGCAAAAGAUUUCGUUAACGCAGUAGUCUGAACACACUACUACGUUUGCGAAAUGUCUUGUAUUACGUAUGAAGGUUCCAAUUAUUCGCGCUGUGGCUAUAUGGCCGGUAACCGGUCAGCUUUUCAAAGCACCAGCAGUCCUAUAUUCUCAGUAAAUCGGAAAAAUCCUAUAUUCUCAGUAAAUCGGAAAAAUCCAGCUAAUCUAAACUAUCAUAUGCCGAUUAAGAAAAGUCAAGCGAUCCUGAAAUGCUUUAUAGAUCUCAAGUUUAGUGUUUGAUUUACGCUAAGCCAUUAAUUUAGUGUUUUGAAAACCUUGACCGGUUACCGGCCAUGUAGCCGUUUAUGCCGGAACAGUAUAUGUAAUCGAACCCUCGAAGUCCUCAAAAACCCACUAAAAAAUUAACCGACUGAAAAUCUUUUUUUAAUAUUUAUCUAUCCCGGGGCUGAAUAUUUUUCUUUCACUGCCGGUGCCGCUGUGAAGGUCAAUGAAAUACUUGUGAGUUUUCGCUAAUUACCUCCAUGUGAGAUCGAGAGAGAAUGGCCUUGCAACAACCCUCUUAAUUAACAGGAAAUGAUAAAAUUACUCUCGUGGUAAGAUUUUUUAAAUUUCUAUCGUAUCCGGUCGUGGAACAAAAUGAAGCAAAUAUUUUUUUGACAAGUCCGAUCAGAGAGUAUCUGAUGCGACAUAACGUUUACGUCUCGAGUGGGUUCGACCUUUACUGUGAAAUCAUUUCUGAACAACCCCACUUACUUCGCAUAGAUCUCUCUCACACAAGUUAAUGGGUUCGGUUGAGUUGGGUUACCGAAUGUUCGAUUAGAUAUACCGGGUAUUAACGAGUGCAUAUGUUUUUACUUUGGAAGUUUGAUUUUCGGCCACGCGUGUAAGCGUAUAAGCAAAGGCACGAGGACCAAGGUUAUUGUUUUCACAUUCUUUUCUCCUUUUAAGAAUUUUAUUUUUCCGGCCCAGGCUGAAUAUUCUGGUUUUUCUGUCAAUUUUAAGCUGACAAUAGUCUUGCGUUAUUCUUACUUUAUAUCUUAUGACAUUUCCGUUUUAGAUAUAAAGACUGCAAUUGGGUGUCAACUAUUUUCGGGCAGGUUUUUACGUUUUGUUGGCUAGAAAAAAAUUUCCACACAGUAAAUUAUUUCCUUUUCGAAACCUCAGCCUUGGGUUUAUUUGUAAAAUAUUCUUAAAACUUCACACAUUUCAGCCGCGAUAUUCUUGCAAAGUAUAUUCUUAAAAGAGUGUAGUUAACUCUAUGCGUGCUAGCGCCUUUGUUUACGCCGCUUUAAUGCGUGAGCGCUUGCUGUCAAUUGAUACUUUGCGCUUUAUGAAAGAUCCUUCAAAGAUAAACAUACUGUCUUUCGAACACAUUUGUCACAAGUCAAGUUUGCAUCUCACAAGUUUUUCUUUUGUUGUUGUUUUUUCAUUUGAAAACGUAGGUCGAUCGUUUUUCUUGGUGAUAGAAAUGUUUGGAACAAUAGAGGAAACUACCGCAAAUGAAAGGCGGAACGUUUCAAUUAUUCCCUGAAUAGUUAACUUGUUACUUAUUGAUUACACAACAAAGGGAACUGUUGUUACUAGCCAGGAAAACGUAUAAAACCCACAUGAUUGUAACGCAAGGACUCAUUCGCGUCGAAGAUGGAUCCGAACGCAGUACAGGGAUUACGUGCACUGUUGAAUCUCUUAAACCAACCGAACGUCAGCAGGGAGGUUGAUCGGCUGUUUAGGGCUUCGACGCCUUCAACAGCUUCAGGAAAUCCGUCAACCCCCUCGGUUACUACCACGGCGGCUACCGGAUCUACCCUACAAACUCCUCCAUCGAUAAGAAAUAUCGGGCCGCUCUUUAGUGCAAGAGGAGGAGCGUCACGAGGAAGAGGCCGAAACCGAUCGCGUCCUUACACAAGCGUAGGAGCACAGUUUUCCAGGGUGGUGAUUCUCCUAGGCGACCCAACAGAAGAUGACGUACCACGUGGAAGGGCCAGAGGUACGAUCCGCGACGCGCAGCGCGAGGCUCGCGUCGCAUUCAGGACCGGGAUGACGUCCCAAGAAGUCAGAACGACCAUUCUGUAUGCGUUUCAAGCCCAAGGGCAUCUGAGAACAGUAACGUAAGUAAAAUCUUUCCAUAUUUACAAGCACCAAUAAAACAGCAUCGACUUAAAUGAUGCUAUAGUACAGUAGGUGACAAUUCUCAGAAUUCAUCGCCCAUGAAAUAACCUACGUGCAUGUUAUAAGAAAAUUGCCGUUGUAUUUUGACUGAUACCUUUUAUACACUACCUUGUACAGAAACCACAUGAUUAACCCUUUAAGCCCCAAGAUAGAUCAGCCUUAAAUUUCUCCUUAUAAUAUCGAUGCUUUAGAAGACAUAGUGGUCAUGAGAAUUGAGUACGUGAUCAGGGAAGAGGAGUCUAAUUGAUAUUUCACCAAAUUCUCCCCACUACUUCUAUUAGAUUGUAUGGGGACAGUAAAUGAGAAUCUCGAUUUCAAUAUCACGAGGGUUUAAGGGGUUAACAGUAUAUACGCUAAAUUCCAAGUUGGUUCAGCUGGAGAGUUUUAAAGUAUUUUUGUAUCUUGCAAUGAAUAAUGGCUUUCACUAAGCAAGGAAUGAGAGACACCAUUUUUUCUUACAAAACAGUGAAUAGCCAUAGAUAUUCUGAGUUAUAAGAGACAAUCAGAACACACAAAAUUGCCAGCCACUGAUUAGGUAAAUACUAAUUAUUGAUAUAUUUGGUGAAAGAACAUACACCUGUUUGUAGUAUACUGACCAAAAUCCAAUAAGUCAAGACAAAACGAGGAAAAUUUUUGGGCACAAAAUUACGUGUAGCCAAAAGUGCUAGUUGAGGCAUGCCAAAUUAAUUCUAAUACAUAAUAACAAGUAAAAGCAAAGAGAAAAGAAACGAAAGAACAUGUGCUAUAAAGUCGAAAGCAAGAAAAACAAAUCUCAUUAAUGCAAGUUGUGAAAGGAGCUAAGUUUUAGGAUUUCGCGAUUUUAUUUCUUGCAUCAAGGUAUUCUGUAAUCAACUUUUUCUUUUAAUUUUUUAAAGAGUACACUGAUUAAUUUUUGUUUAAUACACAUAUUUUGACAUCUCUCAUUCUACCUGUUAUCUCAUUCCAUAAUGAUAUUUUGUGCCAGGAUUUGGGACGGCUUGUCUUAGUUUUCCAACAUUAAAUUUUUUGAUGUACAUGUUUUUUGUUGAGGAUGAUCAUUUGUUAUAAGAAUAAAUAGAAGACAUCUGCUGGAACAAAUAAAAGUUUUUGAGGAUGCUGUAUUAGAAUGAUUAUCAUGCAUUGGGUAAGGCCCAUGUUCACCCUAGUGGCUUUGCGUGCUUGUGUUCUUGUUUUGAAACACUUCUUUUGUCAAAUUCAGUGUUUUGAUUGGGCAGAGUGUUCGCAUUUUUCACACUUGGCUGAAGCAUGACUCUAUAAACACUGAAGACAGCAAUUUUCAACUAAAAAGAUCAUUUUUUCUGGAGUAUAUUGCACGCAAAGAUGCUUGGGUGAACAUUGGCCUUUAGUAGAGAUAGCUAAAUUGGUAGGAUAUUUGGAUCAAUAAGAAGAGAAAUGGCAUGAUCAUUCCUUUUGGAAGAAAAAAUGAAUCGGAUAACUUUUUUUCAGAAGCAAUAAGAUAUUUGUUAAAUGUGUUUUUGAGGGCUGCCAUCAAUAACAUACUACAGUACAAUGUCUAAGAGUCUCCCCAAAAUGCCAAGAAACACUGCUCAUGCUCAUUGCUGUGUUCAAUUUAAGUGAGAUCAGAAAUUGAAAGCUUUUCUGUCACAUAGGGCAAACAAAUAUAAAUUUAAUGGUCUAAAAAAUCUAGUGUUGCAGGAAAAAAGUAUGUGUACAGUGUUACAAAACCGUCACUAUCUGAAAAUUUGUUCUAUGUGUUGUUUCAACAGAGAUUGCUCACAGUUUGAGUUUUUGACGUGUGACGAGUCGAACAAGAGGAAGCUGGUGCAGGUGACAAACCAAAACCCAUCUGCAAGUGAAGUCAAGACCUGCUGGCGGUCACAGUGCCCGAUAUACGUAAGACCACAGUAUGCCCUUCCAGUCUCAACGAGCACUGUAAGUUCAUUUUGGAAAAAUAUUCAGUUUCCUUCCAUUCACUUUUUAUUGUUCCAAUUUGUCUGUAUACACAAUGUGUAUUGGUGCCUCGACAUCCUCAGUAGCUCUCAUAAAUCAGGAGAUUUUUUAUUGUAAAAUAACAAGAGAAGGAUGUACAGAAUUCAGCGCUUAAUUAGAGAUCUUAUAUCUGGAUUUAAGCUUGGACAUUGCGUGAAGAUGUUCAGCUACCCUGUGUACAGACACCAGGGCAAUUUUUGGCCUACAUGUGUUGGUCAUGACUCUUAAAAUUAGGCAAAGGUAAUGCUCUUGUAAUUUGUUGCUGAAGAGAAGUGAACGAUCCUGGAUCAUAAAAUGCUCGACUGGAAAUGUAAACACUAGUGCUUCUGAGAUCAAAAUUCUGCCAAACCAAAAUCCACAGGAAAUCGAUGCACAGUAACGGACCGACUUUAUUAGCUAACAAAAAAAGACCGAAGACUGUGUUAGAAUCUUCCAACUCUUUCAAUCUUCUACUCGUUAUUAAGGACAUUUUAACUAGAUAUUCUAGUUAGAACCUAGCUUAGCUAUAAAGGUUGAGAACAUCUGAUAACUGCGUACAUGCUGCACAAGGGUCCAGAGUUGUGUUGAUCUGUCAACAUCUUUUCAACUGUCAAUUUAGGCAAAUGUAUACUGGUAUACGAAUAACGACGGCGAUUCACAGAUGUCUCUUCUCCCCAUUUUUUCUAUGGAGGGAGGACGUCUGUACACAGGCUAUCAUAAGCUAGAAAUAACAAAUUCACUGUGUGUCCUCUUCUUUUCUCCCAAAGGCGACCUCACCUGGAUCAGCCAGCCCAGGAUUUUUGUUUCGGCAGGUCAACUUACAGAAUCUGCUUCAAAGCCUGUCGGGCCAAGACACAACACCCACUGCAUUACCUACAACACCCACCACCAGUACACUUACAACACCUUCCACCCACACAAGCACUACUACCACUACAACACUUCCAACAUCCACCACCAGUACAUUCACAACACCCACCACAACAGUUACUACACCAUCCACCAACACAAGCUCUACUACCACUACAACACUUCCAACAUCCACCACCAACACAAUCACUACUACCACUACAACACCUCCCACACCCACCACCACCAGUACACUUACAAUGCCUACAAUCACACUUACCACAGCCACCAUCGCCAGUACACUUACAAUGCCCACCACAACAAUCACCGCACCCACCACCACUGGCAGCACUAGCAGCACAGCACCUGCACCCUCUGUAAGACUGGCAACACCACGUGAUAGUGAUGAGGAAGGUAUGUUUCUGAACGAAAAAGUCACUAUUGCUACUAUAAUAAACAUCUAGUUGAUUGUAGAGCUGCUGGUCACAUAUCUCGUGGCUUUAAAAUAACAUGACAAAGUUGAUUAUGUAAAGGAAAUUGAGCCUAAACAACAUUUCUUAAAUGUUUCAUCAUCUUACUUUAAAGAAGACCGCAAGCACAGAACAACAGAACAUGGCAGUUCAGCAAAGUUACAGUUUUAGUUGUCUCAUUUUUUCCCAAUCACCAUGGUGACUAAAACGAGACAAAUAAUACAUUCAGUUUUUUUGGUAAUAAUCACACCUCACAAGACACUUUCAUUAAAUGUUCAGAUCUACUGCAUCCUGCUUGGGAGGUUGACAACCCUUCUCCAAUAUCACUGCCAGGUAUGACUUGACAUAAUCUUUUACACUUUAUAUCCAGAAUGUUGGAUAGGGUACUGUACAGUUUCCAUGUAUAUAAUAAUAGUUGGCUGGUUCAAACUUGCAAACUUUUUGCUUGAUUUUUCUCAGUAGGACGUGUUCAUAAUCAAUCAAUAUUAUUCUUCUUGUUUUAAACCCACCUCAACCUCCUCAUUGCUUACGACCAUGACUGUUCCACCUAGGGUCUCCUGCAUCAACGGUAUCUGUGGAUUUGCACUCUAGCCGUGAAGGUAAGAGUAUUGAACGUUCAAUCCACACUCCAGCUUCUGUACAGAUACUUUGUUUUGUAACAAACUGAAUGGUAACAUCAAUAUGCAUGCAUACAUGCAUGGUAAAAUCAAUAUGCCUCCUCUUGAAACUCAAGGGACAGUUUAUGUGGAUGCCAAUUCCAUGCAUCAUACACUGUAGAAAAAAAAAGUGGUUAAGUAACCCAAACUUCAGUAAUGAGUACUUAGGACAAGGAAAAUUAAAGCUUGAUUCUAUUAUUAUUUAUUAAUUUUUCAUCAUACCAAUAUCAUAUAUCUACAAAAAGACAAAGAUGUACCUAACUGUAUGUAAUAAAAAUUAAUAACUGUACCAUGCAGCGUUCAUACUCUUUCGAGCUCUUCAAUUCCCAAGACUUUUUCCAUGACCUUUUCAGGUUCUUCAAGACCUUAGGUUUAGUUGUCAGUUUCAAAACUCUUCAAAAUUUCCCUUAUUUUGGGGUAUUUUUUGACCAUAAAAAGUUCAACAGACACAAACUCUGGUGUCCACCAGAAUGCGUGUCGUUUGCGCUGUUUAAUUACUCCUCUCUAUCUUACAUAGACCUUGCUUUGUCAUAUGCAGAAACUAAACUAACAAAGAAAACUUUAAUUUUCCACGUCUUUCAAGGCUCCAUGACUUUCCAGGCCUGCAAAAUAAAAUUCUUAAAUUCCAUGACUUUCCAGGUUUUCUGUACAAACCCUGCCAUGCAAUGGCUACAAAAUGUUGAUUCCAAAAAAUAUGAGAUUUCAUCGAGUGAGACAACCAGGAAUUAAAUGGCAUGCAACAAUAGUACAAAGUCAAGAAAAUUUAACAUUACAUUGUACCAAUAAAAUGUGUGGCACCAAAAAUUAUUCACACACUGUACCUCCUCCAUGGAAGGGAUUUUCCCUUCCCCCCCUACCCACCAAGCUUAAUACAUUCAAUUAAAUUUUUUAGGCCUUUGAGAGACCCCCCCCAACCCCCAGAAAUUUCCAAUCCCUUCUGCGGGGGGGAAUAUGGGUAUUUUCUAGAACUACACAAUAUGAUGAUAGGAUAGAUUUAAAGUUUUUAUGGAGUACCCAUUCGAAAUACUGGUCAAACAAGACAAGCAUGUUAUUCUCAGACUAUGUGAAUUUUCUGCGUACAACUGUAAUACAAGUGGUGAUAUAUCGAGGGACCGUCACACAAAAAUAUCUAAUAUUAGUGAAGACACAGUGUGUGAAAUCAGGCAUUUAUGUUAUUAUUUUAAGACUUUCCAGUUGGAAACCCCUCUUUAUACCUUUAUCUAUUGUUCUUCUUUCCAAUGAGACUUUCCCAGAAAUCUAGUCACGUACUUAAUAGAUGUGAUUGUUGGAAUGAGUAGUCUAAUCAUAUGAUUAUUUAUAUUUCCUUACAUUCAGAUAACAGCCACUCUCAAAUUGCUGUUCAAGGUAAAUUCAAGCUCUCGGCAAAGUUUUAUAGUUUGAUAAGCCUAUUUUGAUUUUCAAGUAUGUUUGUACCAAUAGAGUUAAGGAAGUAAUGCCAUCCACUGAAAUCAAUAUACUUAGAGAAAAUGUUUGAUUUUCUUUUUCCCUUCAGUGUCAGAAGACAUGGUGGCCCUGCCCACCUCAGUAAUGGUUACUGGUAAGUUAACUACAGGUGUAGCUGGCUAAAAAUUAUGUUGUUCAGUAAUUGUUCAUUUGAGAGAUACAGUUGUACCUAGAAUAUGGCCUGUUUUAAUCUUACAUGAUAUAUGCAACAACAUUACUAUUAUUAUUAUUACUAUUAUUAAAGUGAAUUAUGAGGAUUCUGGCUAUUUUUUGAUGACAAAUGACCAUUUUGUUUUUUAUUUUACUACAAGGUCCUGAGGUUGGGGAUAUAAGCCCAUUGUUAAUACAACCUUCUAGCCAAACCUUAGCUGGUAAGAACAAUAGCUUUUUUAAGUGGUAUAUUAAUCUGCAGUCCACUACUAUUAGUAUGACCUUCUCUAAUAAGCCUUCUGUUCAGUCGACUGAAUUCCAGACUUGGUCUUGUCACAUUGAUGAACAACAGAAGUCCGCUUUCUUUGAGUAGUUAAAAAAACAGGAAAAACUACAUUAAAUUAGUGGUUAAAUACCUUUUCAUGUAAUCCAUUGUUGGACAGAAUUGUCACACAGUAUUCACGAGUCCAACCCAUUCACCGCCCAUGUUCAGCCCUAAAGUGAUGAUGAGUGAUCAAUGAGUCUCUUUGUUUGAGCAGGCACAAAGAUAAUGUGAAUGAUAUUCAUGUACUUUUUUUUCUCUUUGCAACACUGUAUCAAAAAAAGUAAAAUAACCAUGAAUAUAUUGUAUUUUUGCAAUCUACGUUGAUUUUUGUACCACUACAACCUCUUUAAAGCAAUCACCUGGCUAUUUCUUAAUGUUGAUCACUUAGUAUAAGCUUAGGGGCCAGUCUGACUAUCUUUUAUUCAUUUCAUAUUGCAGCUUUCUCUUCUGUGCAACCAGAGAUGUUCUUGGCAUGGAUUAAUGAGGUUUUUGGAUGGCAACAUCCCAUCAUUUAUACCACACCAUAUCCUUUGGUAAGUCUAUGGUGUACUAAAAAAAUUACAGGAAGUUAUAAAUCCUGAUGGUAGAGGGUUACCCCCUUCAUCAACUAAAUAAUAUUAUAGAGCUAUCAAAUAUUCUCAGCAACGUAAUUACAAUGUUAUGAUCAGACAAUAUCCUAGGGUGUACGCUAGAUGCCCCUUUAGUGGUACUCUUAAUUUAUAACAAAUCUUUCCUGGACUAAAUCUGUGGUCCCUUGUCAGUUUCCAUUAUCUCAGCUCAGCCUUACAAGAUAGUACAUGUAUGAUACUUUUGGAUAGAUUGUUCAACAAGCUGCACAGCAGAUGGUGCCCUUAGUGCUGUAUUUUGCAGAAUUUUCUUCCCCGGAUAUCCACCAGGAAGAUUUCUGUAGGUAUGUACAUGUACAUGGAAUUUCUUCAUAAGAGAAAAAUAAUACUUGUAGCAGACAGGUGUUUUGUAGAGGGAGUGUUUGGACCAGAAGGGAAAGCAAGCUGGUUUGCAGUCACAACUGCAGAAUUUGCUCAAUCUACGUACAGUAGAUAUGCUUAUUGUCAGAAUUUUUCAGAGAUCGCUCAAAUAAGAAAAUAUGGAAUUAUACCAUGAAUCCCAUAAACCAAAAUUGACAUGAUCUGAAAUGUUGAUCGACAGUUAUUCAUCAAAGUCAAUUGAAUUAAAACACAAAAGCUGAAAAUUGCCUUUCUUUUUAGGAAUAUCCUGACUGACCCUGAAGUGGUUCGUAUAUGUAACAACGUCUUCUUCUGGGCAAUAGGCAAUUGCCCAGAAAGCCUUGAAAGUAAGUUGAAAGACGAGAGAACAAUUUUUAGUUGCUACGAGAUAAAAAAAUCGAUAAGCAAUCGCAGUCCACAAACGUGGUUAGAUGAUACGAUAUCUUAGUUUUUAAAUAUUUUAGUUAGUGUUGUAUAAUACCCAGUACAAUUAGCAUCAAAACUGAUUAUUGUGCCCCUAUAAUAAGGAUCAGAACUCAUCUCCACUCUUUUUUUUUUAACAUAAACAGUCCAAAGAGCACUUCUUCAAGGCCAUCAAAGAGCACCAGUACUUGUUGCCAUCACCCAUGAUGCUUUUGGAAGGCAAAUGACCCCUCGCACCCUGACUGAUUGUAAGUGUCAAUUCUACAAUUAUCAUUACUUUUUGUUAUUCUAUAACAGUUUUUUACUGAUUUUUUCUUGUUACGAGUUACCAUUGUUGAUUAUUGGUAUUAUUGCCGGUGACUAAUUUUCAAAGUGCACUCGUUUGAAAAAAACAUAGUCAUGGUUAAAUGGUUUAAUGUCAGCAUAUAUGAGGAAGAUAUAUGAGGAAGAAGAGAGUAGGUCUCACGACAGAAGUAAUUUUCAUUGGUGCUAUUUCUCAUAAGAAAAGGAAGACUAUUCGACUGCUGUGCAGCACUAUCCUGAAAGCUGCAAUUCUCUAGUAGAGCAAUUAAUCAUUUUGCAGUGUUAGAAUGCAGUUAACCUUCAAAAAUGUCUCUUUCCUUCAUUGUUAACCAGCCUACUUUUUCUACAUCAUUUAUGUCUCUAAUGUGACACCCAGCAACAAAACAAGUUACAGCAAAUUGUAAGCAUUAAAGUUACGGAGCUUUAAGUUUGUAAAAAUUUUCUGCAAGAUGCCAUGCAAGCACACUGUAACAGGACUCUGACAAUGUGUGCAAGAAUAGAUGCUCAGUGCAAUAAAAGAAAUUACUCCCGUUUAUAUUAUGAUAUGCAUGGUUUAUGGAAGUCUAACCUUCUAUUUCCAACUUUCAAACGUUCGGUUAAAAGAAAAUCUUAAACAAGCCUUGAUCCUUAAUUUAUUUUUUUUCAGUAAGUUACAAUAAUUAUUACAAAAUGUGUUAAUUGCUAUUCAAAAUCUUGUCUUGAUAGUUUUAAUUUCUUUGGCUUAUUUAUUCUUUCAGUAUCUGCACAAGAAGUAGUUAACUUUAUUUGUAAUGCUGUGACUGUGCAAAACACUCAGCUGCAAGCAAGGUACAUAUUCUACUAUUAAAUUCAAAAUGUAAUUCACAUAAGACCAUGAGGAAUCAAACCUUAUAAGAAUUAUGUUAUGGUAAAUACUCUAUUCAGUUCAACCUUAAACUGCAACCUGCACAUCUACAUGUAUAUUUUAUGUAAAACAAUACAGAUGCUUCAAUUUGUAACAAAAUAAUGUGCCCAACACAAGAAAAACAAAUUACAUUCUAAUUUAUAUCAGAGAUUUUUCUUUACUACCCUUUGGAAACCACACUUCACCACACAUUUCUGCCAUUUCGAGUUAGCAUUGUGGACUACUGAGAGAAAAAAAACUUAUUGUCUAUACAUGUAAGUAGAUGGAUCUUAACUGUAUUGGGGAGGGGAGGGGGUGUUGUGGGGGGGCUUAAAAAGCAGCCUUUUACAGAAUUCUAGCCUUUUGUCUUUCCAGCCAGAGAAAGUUUAAAAUUUGUUUCCAAGGAAUACAAGUCUCAAAAGGACCCACAACUUGAAAGGAAGCUCUCUAAAUAAUAUUGAAUACCUGUGUUGGUUUGUUUAAGAAUACACAUAAACUUAAAAUAUGCAUAAAAUUGUUUUCUUAGGACAAAUAGAGAAUUAAGAGAACAGCAAGACAGAGAAUAUCAAGAAAGUCUUGCACAAGACCAGGAAAGGGUUAGUAGCUUAAGCACAACACAACACAACAACGAUGCAAACAAAAACAUUCUGUUUACUUCAAUUAAAGAGGAUAUCAGGGAUGAAGUUUAUAUAUUUUUUGAUUUAUCCAUUUUUAUAAGGAGAGACAGAGAGCAGAGGAGAGACAGAGGGAAGAGGAGAGGCAACAAAGAGAGGUAAUUUAUGACAGUGUUACUUUGAUAAUUAAGUACUUAGUUUCCUUAAAAUCAAAAUCAUUAAAGUACAGAACAGCAAGAAUAACAAUUUAAUAACCAUUUACAUCUAUUUUGACAAGCAGGUCCUUUUAGUUGUAAUAAUUAAAUAAAGUUUCUUAAUUACAAUAAUCUUGACCUUAAAGAGCCAUAAUUAAAAAAGCAGCUAAGAAAGCAGCCAGAUUUUUCUUGUCAUUAUCUGAAAACCCCUGGUCAAAUUAAAAUCUUACUUUUUCAUGUUAACAUGAGCUUACUCGAUAUAGUAAAUUGCAGCCAAUAGUCUAGUAAUGUAUUGUCUCUCACUGUAUUUAGGCCGAGCAGCUCAGAGAAGAAGAAAGAAAUAGAGCAGAAGCAGAACGCCGAAAUGCUGAGGUAAAAAAAAAAAGUCUUGGAAAGGAAGAAUCCUAAAACCAAAAACGAUUGAUUUAAAAGAUCCUUAGUUGGUUGCAGUGUUAAAAUAUUACUCAGCUGUUUUGCUUUGCUUUGCCUUGCAUUGCUUGGAGAAACGUUUUGUGUUAUGCCUUAAUCUUGGAUUAAACUUAACCAUCUUUUGAGAAACCGGGUUCUGGUUAUCUUUUGCACAAAGAAAAUCACAUCUAUUUAGAGAAAAUUGUAGUUAAUUAGAGAUGCCCACUAACCUAUGCCAGGCUCUCAGAUAUUAGGAUGUCAAGUAAAAAUAAGAUGCUUUUCCUUUAGGAUGAACAUGACACUAGGUCACUUCCAGCUUCUUAGUUACACUAGUGUUUAUUCACUUGUUAUGCUUACUCUGAAGCUCGUGCUUCAAUGUCUGAUACAAGAGAAUUAAUAUCAAUUAACACCAGUAAAUUUAAAACAAACUCUCAUCUUUAUAGGCAAUACGUGAGGCAAGAGAGGGGCUACCUCCAGAGCCUCUGGAAAAUGAAAACACUUUAACAGUGAGAAUCCGUGGCCCAAAUGGAAAUUCUGUACUGAGGACGUUUUUCAAUCAUGAAACCACACAGGUAAAACAAAGUGAAUCACCCAUGUAAUAAUAUGCAAGAAAGUUAAACUUUUUUGCAAGCUUGUCAAUAGGCCUUUUUAGUUUUUUUUCCCAACGAGGCUGACCUGGCUUUGAUACAACCCUUCCUGCUUUGUCUUAUGCUAACUAGUAUUUUUAAACCAUAAUUUCCAUAGGAAAAGGAAGGACUCGUUUGUGUAAUAACAAGGUCAACCCCAACCUCACGUUCAGUCAAAGGCUAGGAUACUAAGCCUAAUACUAGAGAACUUUCCCGUUAUAAUCAUCUUAUCUACGUGCAAAUGCACGCGCUUUUUGAAAAGAUAAACCUCCCUACGACAUCUAUUGGGAAAACAACAAAUACAAGGUUAAUUCUAAAGUAAAGCAUCUGGGAGGGAGUUGAAGUGUUUGAAAAUGAGUUACCUGUAGUUGUUAUCCAUGGCUAAUUACCAUUUAGACGCGAAACUUAACUACGGCUUAAAUUCUUGAGCGGGCGCUGAACACCAGGACCACCACGGAAUAUCGCACAAUUUACUCUAAAACGGGAUAAUGUUUGAGGGAAACAAAGAAGUCAUGUUGGCUUUGAGUUACAGCUUACGUUAUCUCUUAAUUUCCAUAAAGGCUAAUUUAAAAAAAGACUUCCAAACGGAUGAAAAAUUAUAAAUUAUUUUGAAAAUAUAAACGUUUCACUCGUUAAUACGAAGCCCCCUGAUCGCCGAUUCAUCUAAAAACUAUUCUUAUAGAACUUACCUUGAGUAAUAAUGGAUCGGAGCGCGCCUCAGUCUUGUACAGCCUGGUACAGCCUUCAAAACGAAGGGAUGAAAUAUGCUUGGCAGCCUGGCUUCAAACCUGGCAAGCAUAUACACUGACGUCAUCAAUUGUUUUAUUUCUGAUUCAGGUGCUUUUCAGGGCGGUUAUCAACGCUAUGAGUCAUGCAAAGAGUUAAUAUUGGUCAAACGUAUAUAAGAAGAUGUCAGGAGCCUGAAGAUGUGUAUUUCCACCUCUGUCCCAUAUUUAUUACUAAAAGAACGCAAGCGCUGGUUUUCCGAUUAAUAGCUUGUCAAUUUCAUUGAAAUAAAUAGUUAUUCGAAAUUCAAACAAUUCCAACAAAGAUCCAAUUAUAAUGAUCUAUUUUUACUUAAUGAAAGCUCUCCCCCUUCUGGCAACCUCUUGUAACUUUACGCCAAAAAAAAAAUAAAUAAACACCCAACCAACAAACAAGUAUAACUAACCGAAGAGUGAUACAUGACAAGUUAUGUAUUUUAUGUAUGGAUUUAUUAAAAUCCUCGAUGAAUCGACUGAAAAGAGAAACUUGCACACGCACACACUUAUAUAUCUCCAAAGAUCACCCGUCCCCCACUUCCCCACUUACAAUUACACACAUUACGCUUAAAUGAGACCAAGAGUUGAUUUAUUUUUGUAAAAAGACCUUUGUGUAAUAUUUACUUUCACUGGAAAUAUUUUUUUUUACGUAAGACAAAAAGGAAGAAAACAACUGGGGCUUAACAAAACCAAAUCGUUGAAAUCUUAUUAAAAACAGCUGGAGCUUAACAAAACCAAAUCGUUGACAUCUUAUUAAACUAUUAACUAGAGGUGCAAAAUAUGUACAAAAGUUUGCGCAAUCGUAUACUUAUAUACUUGGCAAACUUGGCAAAACUUCUUCAAGGAAAGGUUCCCUUUUAAACAAAUAUAUAGAUUUAGCCAAAAUUUAGUGGUAUAAACUUUUUUGACUAGUAGUCCCAUUUUUUACCUCAGGGAUAGCAGAGCCGGUAGCGAAACGCGAGCGCCAAGAACUCUAAUAUCCCUGAGGAAAAAUGGGACUACUCGAAUCUAAAACUAUUUGCAAAAUCCUAAAGAUGUUCACAUUGUUUCGAACACACAUAGUUUGGAAAAACACAUUCCAAGGCUCAGAGUACAGGUCAAAUUUUUUCUUCAUACUGGAAAAAUUCGUUGGACUCAGUUACCUUUGCCCAUAUAUGAGUGUAUUUACUUUGUCUUAAAUUUGAAUAUGUCCGACAAAAGAAUCUAGACUAAUUGUCAUCAUUUGUUUCAAGUUUCUUUUUUCGCAGAAUGCUUAGUUAAAUGUUCUGUAUUAUACUGUACAACGCAAAUGAUCGAUGAUUUUUUUGGUUGACUCAUAUAACGGAAAGCGAUACAUUUGCGACCUUCUGCAAUUUGUUUUAGUGAUCACUCAUUCACAGGCAUUAGAAGAAGGAACGUAGGUGUCUUAUCCGAUAUAUGUUAUUGAUAAUAUCCCCUCGCUUUCUUCACCGUUUAUUUUGUCAAUGGACACUCCUUGUAUUUUAUAGCCGAUGUCCAGUUUAUCCUAGUAUCGGUUUAGUAAAAUAAAUGUAUGUGAAUGAGUGUUCUUAAAACGUUCUUUGAUAUUUAUAAAUAUUUACAAUCCAAGGAGAAGAAAGAUUUACUCAUUAUUUAACAUUCAUAUAUAAGCUUAAGGGUCCUGGGAGCAGGAGAGGCCCCGUGAGCGAAAGUACUGCCAGGCCUAUCCCAUUCCCAGGAGACUGGUAUUAAAAUACAACAUGCUUUUUUAAAUUUUGUUUCCGUACUUAAAGAGAACAACUACACCACAGACAAUAAAUAGCCACAGACACAGGGGAACCAGGGCCAUAGCCUAGAAAAAAAUAGCUGUUCACAGUCCUUUGCACCAGCUUUAGCUAAGACAGGUUGUACAAAUGAGAGUACAACAAUGUUUUGGAAAAUUAGAAGUUUUGCACUGUGAGUCCAACAACGAAAAUUGGUUCACAGAGGACUCCAAAAGGAAAACCGAUAAAUCUGGCUAUGGGCCUGAUUCGUCCUGCAUCUCUAUUAUAAGAACAGUGUAAUUGUUCAAUGAAAGGUCUACCAAAGAAGAACCGUCAUUAUGUAUGGGUGGCCCUCGAUGUCUGUGGAUUACGAAGUCUUGGCUGGGCAGAGACAGUAGAGCAAACGCCGCCCUGAAAAGCACCUGAAUCAGAAAUAAAACAAUUGAUGACGUCAGUGUAUAUGCUUGCCAGGUUUGAAGCCAGGCUGCCAAGCAUAUUUCAUCCCUUCGUUUUGAAGGCUGUACCAGGCUGUACAAGACUGAGGCGCGCUCCGAUCCAUUAUUACUCAAGGUAAGUUCUAUAAGAAUAGUUUUUAGAUGAAUCGGCGAUCAGGGGGCUUCGUAUUAACGAGUGAAACGUUUAUAUUUUCAAAAUAAUUUAUAAUUUUUCAUCCGUUUGGAAGUCUUUUUUUAAAUUAGCCUUUAUGGAAAUUAAGAGAUAACGUAAGCUGUAACUCAAAGCCAACAUGACUUCUUUGUUUCCCUCAAACAUUAUCCCGUUUUAGAGUAAAUUGUGCGAUAUUCCGUGGUGGUCCUGGUGUUCAGCGCCCGCUCAAGAAUUUAAGCCGUAGUUAAGUUUCGCGUCUAAAUGGUAAUUAGCCAUGGAUAACAACUACAGGUAAUUCAUUUUCAAACACUUCAACUCCCUCCCAGAUGCUUUACUUUAGAAUUAACCUUGUAUUUGUUGUUUUCCCAAUAGAUGUCGUAGGGAAGUUUAUCUUUUCAAAAAGCGCGUGCAUUUGCACGUAGAUAAGAUGAUUAUAACGGGAAAGUUCUCUAGUAUUAGGCUUAGUAUCCUAGCCUUUGAGUGAACGUGAGGUUGGGGUUGACCUUGUUAUUACACAAACGAGUCCUUCCUUUUCCUAUGGAAAUUAUGCUUUAAAAAUACUAGUUAGCAUAAGACAAAGCAGGAAGGGUUGUAUCAAAGCCAGGUCAGCCUCGUUGGGAAAAAAAACUAAAAAGGCCUAUUGACAAGCUUGCAAAAAAGUUUAACUUUCUUGCAUAUUAUUACAUGGGUGAUUCACUUUGUGUUACCUGUGUGGUUUCAUGAUUGAAAAACGUCCUCAGUACAGAAUUUCCAUUUGGGCCACGGAUUCUCACUGUUAAAGUGUUUUCAUUUUCCAGAGGCUCUGGAGGUAGCCCCUCUCUUGCCUCACGUAUUGCCUAUAAAGAUGAGAGUUUGUUUUAAAUUUACUGGUGUUAAUUGAUAUUUCUCUUGUAUCAGACAUUGAAGCACGAGCUUCAGAGUAAGCAUAACAAGUGAAUAAACACUAGUGUAACUAAGAAGCUGGAAGUGACCUAGUGUCAUGUUCAUCCCAAAGGAAAAGCAUCUUAUUUUUACUUGACAUCCUAAUAUCUGAGAGCCUGGCAUAGGUUAGGGGGCAUCUCUAAUUAACUACAAUUUUCUCUAAAUAGAUGUGAUUUUCUUUGUGCAAAAGAUAACCAGAACCCGGUUUCUCAAAAGAUGGUUAAGUUUAAUCCAAGAUUAAGACAUAACACAAAACGUUUCUCCAAGCAAUGCAAGGCAAAGCAAACCAAAACAGCUGAGUAAUAUUUUAACACUGCAACCAACUAAGGAUCUUUUAAAUCAAUCGUUUUUGGUUUUAGGAUUCUUCCUUUCCAAGACUUUUUUUUUUUACCUCAGCAUCUCGGCGUUCUGCUUCUGCUCUAUUUCUUUCUUCUUCUCUGAGCCCCUCGGCCUAAAUACAGUGAGAGACAAUACAUUACUAGACUAUUGGCUGCAAUUUACUAUAUCGAGUAAGCUCAUGUUAACAUGAAAAAGUAAGAUUUUAAUUUGACCAGGGGUUUUCAGAUAAUGACAAGAAAAAUCUGGCUGCUUUCUUAGCUGCUUUUUUAAUUAUGGCUCUUUAAGGUCAAGAUUAUUGUAAUUAAGAAACUUUAUUUAAUUAUUACAACUAAAAGGACCUGCUUGUCAAAAUAGAUGUAAAUGGUUAGUAACUUGUUAUUCUUGCUGUUCUGUACUUUAAUGAUUUUGAUUUUAAGGAAACUAAGUACUUAAUUAUCAAAGUAACGCUGUCAUAAAUUACCUCUCUUUGUUGCCUCUCCUCUUCCCUCUGUCUCUCCUCUGCUCUCUGUCUCUCCUUAUAAAAAUGGAUAAAUCAAAAAAUAUAUAAACUUCAUCCCUGAUAUCCUCUUUAAUUGAAGUAAACAGAAUGUUUUUGUUUGCAUCGUUGUUGUGUUGUUGUUUUAAUAUUAUUUUAGUGUUGAAAGCCUUUGUACUACUAGCUUAAGCUACUAACCCUUUCCUGGUCUUGUGCAAGACUUUCUUGAUAUUCUCUGUCUUGCUGUUCUCUUAAUUCUCUAUUUGUCCUAAGAAAACAAUUUUAUGCAUAUUUUAAGUUUAUUUGUAUUCUUAAACAAACCAACACAGGUAUUCAAUAUUAUUUAGAGAGCUUCCUUUCAAGUUGUGGGUCCUUUUGAGACUUGUAUUCCUUGGAAACAAAUUUUAAACUUUUUCUGGCUGGAAAGACAAAAGGCUAGAAUUCUGUAAAAGGCUGCUUUUUAAGAGACAUUUUUGAAGGUUCACUGCAUUCUAACACUGCAAAAUGAUUAAUUGCUCUACUAGAGAAUUGCAGCUUUCAGGAUGGUGCUGCACAGCAGUCGAAUAGUCUUCCUGUUCUUAUUAGAAAUAGCACCAAUGAAAAUUACUUCUGUCGUGAGACAUACUCUCUUCUUCCUCAUAUAUCUUCUUCAUAUAUAUGCUGACAUUAAACCAUUUAACCAUGACUAUGUUUUUUUCAAACGAGUGCACUUUGAAAAUUAGUCACCGGCAAUAAUACCAAUAAUCAACAAUGGUAACUCGUAACAAGAAAAAAUCAGUAAAAAACUGUUAUAGAAUAACAAAAAGUAAUGAUAAUUGUAGAAUUGACACUUACAAUCAGUCAGUGUGCGAGGGGUCAUUUGCCUUCCAAAAGCAUCAUGGGUGAUGGCAACAAGCACUGGUGCUCUUUGAUGGCCUUGAAGAAGUGCUCUUUGGACUGUUUAUGUUAAAAAAAAAGAGUGGAGAUGAGUUCUGAUCCUUCUUAUAGGGGCACAAUAAUCAGUUUUGAUGCUACUUGUACACUAACUAAAAUAUUUAAAAACUAAGAUAUCGUAUCAUCUAACCACGUUUGUGGACUGCGAUUGCUUAUCAAUUUUUUUAUCUCGUAGCAACUAAAAAUUGUUCUCUCGUCUUUCAACUUUCUUUCAAGGCUUUCUGGGCAAUUGCCUAUUGCCCAGAAGAAGAUGUUGUUACAUAUACGAACCACUUCAGGGUCAGUCAGGAUAUUCCUAAAAAGAAAGGCAAUUUUCAGCUUUAAAUUGUGUUUUAAUUCAAUUGACUUUGAUAAAUAACUGUCGAUCAACAUUUCAGAUCAUGUCAAUUUUGGUUUAUGGGAUUCAUGGUAUAAUUCCAUAUUUUCUUAUUUGAGCGAUCUCUGAAAUAUUCUGACAAUAAGCAUAUUACUACUGUACAUAGAUUGAGCAAAUUCUGCAGUUAUAACUGCAAACCAGCUUGCUUUCCCUUCUGGUCCAAACACUCCCUCUACAAAACACCUGUCUACUACAAGUAUUAUUUUUCUCUUAUGAAGAAAUUCCAUGUACAUGUACAUACCUACAGAAAUCUUCCUGGUGGAUUUCCGGGGAAGAAAAUUCUGCAAAAUACAGCACAAAUUAAGGGCACCCGGUAAUCUGCUGUGCAGCUUGUUGAACAAUCUAUCCAAAAGUAUCAUACAUGUACUAUUUUGUAAGGCUGAGCUGAGAUAAUGGAAACUGACAAGGGACCACAGAUUUAGUCCAGGAAAGAUUUGUUAUAAAUUUAGAGUAUCACUAAAGGGGCAUCUAGCAUACACCCUAGGAUAUUGUCUGAUCAUAACAUUGUAAUUACGUUGCUGAGAAUAUUUGGUAGCUCUAUAAUAUUAUUUAGUUGAUGAAGGGGGUAACCCUCUACCAUCAGGAUUUAUAACUUCCAGUAAUUUUUUUAGUACAGUCCACAAUAGACUUACCAAAGGAUAUGGUGCGGUAUAAAUGAUGGGAUGUUGCCAUCCAAAAACUUCAUCAAUCCAUGCCAAGAACAUCUCUGGUUGCACAGAAGAGAAAGCUGCAAUAUGAAAUGAAUAACAGAUAGUCAGACUGGCCCCUAAGCUUAUACUAAGUGAACAACAUUAAGAAAUAGCCAGGUGAUUGCUUUAAAGAGGUUGUAGUGGUACAAAAAUCAAAGUAGAUUGCAAAAAUACAAUAUAUUCAUGGUUAUUUUACUUUUUUUGAUACAGUGUUGCAAAGAGAAAAAAAAGUACAUGAAUAUCAUUCACAUUAAUAUCUUUGUGCCUGCUCAAACAAAGAGACUGAUUGAUCACUCACCAUCACUUUAGGGCUGAACAUGGGCGGUGAAUGGGUUGGACUCGUGAAUACUGUGUGACAAUUCUGUCCAACAAUGGAUUACAUGAAAAGGUAUUUCACCACUAAUUUAAUGUAGUUUUACCUGUUUUUUUUAACUACUCAAAGAAAGCGGACUUCUGUUGUUCAUCAAUGUGACAAGACCAAGUCUGGAAUUCAGUCGACUGAACAGAAGGCUUAUUAGAGAAGGUCAUACUAAUAGUAGUGGACUGCAGAUUAAUAUACCACUUUAAAAAGCCAUUGUUCUUACCAGCUAAGGUUUGGCUAGAAGGUUGUAUUAACAAUGGGCUUACAUCCCCAACCUCAGGACCUUGUAGUAAAAUAAAAAACAAAAUGGCCAUUUGUCAUCAAAAAAUAGCUAGGAUCCUCAUAAUUCACUUUAAUAAUAGUAAUAAUAAUAAUAGUAAUGUUGUUGCUAAUUGCAUAUAUCAUGUAAGAUUAAAACAGGCCAUAUUCUAGGUACAACUGUAUCUCUCAAAUGAACAAUUACUGAACAACAUAAUUUUUAGCCAGAUACACCUGUAGUUAACUUACCAGUAACCAUUACUGAGGUGGGCAGGGCCACCAUGUCUUCUGACACUGAAGGGAAAAAGAAAAUCAAACAUUUUCUCUAAGUAUAUUGAUUUGAGUGGAUGGCAUUACUUCCUUAACUCUAUUGGUACAAACAUACUUGAAAAUCAAAAUAGGCUUAUCAAACUAUAAAACUUUGCCGAGAGCUUGAAUUUACCUUGAAUAGCAAUUUGAGAGUGGCUGUUAUCUGAAUGUAAGGAAAUAUAAAUAAUCAUAUGAUUAGACUACUCAUUCCAACAAUCACAUUUAUUAAGUACGCGACUAGAUUUCUGGGAAAGUCUCAUUGGAAAGAAGAACAAUAGAUAAAGGUAUAAAGAGGGGUUUCCAACUGGAAAGUCUUAAAAUAAUAACAUAAAUGCCUGAUUUCACACACUGUGUCUUCACUAAUAUUAGAUAUUUUUGUGUGACAGUCCCUCAAUAUAUCACCACUUGUGUAGUUCUAGAAAAUACCCAUAUUCCCCCCGCAGAAGGGAUUGAAAAUUUCUGGGGGUUGGGGGGGGGUCUCAAAGGCCUAAAAAUUUAAUUGAAUGUAUUAAGCUUGGUGGGUAGGGGGGGAAGGGAAAAUCCCUUCCAUGGAGGAGGUACAGUGUGUGAAUAAUUUUUGGUGCCACACAUUUUAUUGCUACAAUGUAAUGUUAAAUUUUCUUGACUUUAUACUAUUGUUGCAUGCCAUUUAAUUCCUGGUUGUCUCACUCGAUGAAAUCUCAUAUUUUUUGGAAUCAACAUUUUGUAGCCAUUGCAUGGCAGGGUUUGUACAGGUCAUGGAAAACCUGGAAAGUCAUGGAGCCUUGAAAGACGUGGAAAAUUAAAGUUUUCUUUGUUAGUUUAGUUUCUGCAUAUGACAAAGCAAGGUCUAUGUAAGAUAGAGAGGAGUAAUUAAACAGCGCAAACGACACGCAUUCUGGUGGACACCAGAGUUUGUGUCUGUUGAACUUUUUAUGGUCAAAAAAUACCCCAAAAUAAGGGAAAUUUUGAAGAGUUUUGAAACUGACAACUAAACCUAAGGUCUUGAAGAACCUGAAAAGGUCAUGGAAAAAGUCUUGGGAAUUGAAGAGCUCAAAAGAGUAUGAACCAGGCUGCAUGGAACAGUUAUUAAUUUUUAUUACAUACAGUUAGGUACAUCUUUGUCUUUUUGUAGAUAUAUGAUAUUGGUAUGAUGAAAAAUUAAUAAAUAACAAUAGAAUCAAGCUUUAAUUUUCCUUGUCCUAAGUACUCAUUACUGAAGUUUGGGUUACUUAACCACUUUUUUUUUUCUACAGUGUAUGAUGCAUGGAAUUGGCAUCCACAUAAACUGUCCCUUGAGUUUCAAGAGGAGGCAUAUUGAUUUUACCAUGCAUGUAUGCAUGCAUAUUGAUGUUACCAUUCAGUUUGUUACCAAACAAAGUAUCUGUACAGAAGCUGGAGUGUGGAUUGAACGUUCAAUACUCUUACCUUCACGGCUAGAGUGCGAAUCCACAGAUACCAUUGAUGCAGGAGACCCUAGGUGGAACAGUCAUGGUCGUAAGCAAUGAGGAGGUUGAGGUGGGUUUAAAACAAGAAGAAUAAUAUUGAUUGAUUAUGAACACGUCCUUCUGAGAAAAAUCAAGCAAAAAGUUUGCAAGUUUGAACCAGCCAACUAUUAUUAUAUAUACAUGGAAACUGUACAGUACCCUAUCCAACAUUCUGGAUAUAAAGUGUAAAAGAUUAUGUCAAGUCAUACCUGGCAGUGAUAUUGGAGAAGGGUUGUCAACCUCCCAAGCAGGAUGCAGUAGAUCUGAACAUUUAAUGAAAGUGUCUGGUGAGGUGUGAUUAUUACCAAAAAAACUGAAUGUAUUAUUUGUCUCGUUUUAGUCACCAUGGUGAUUGGGAAAAAAUGAGACAACUAAAACUGUAAUUUUGCUGAACUGUCAUGUUCUGUUGUUCUGUGCUUGCGGUCUUCUUUAAAGUAAGAUGAUGAAACAUUUAAGAAAUGUUGUUUAGGCUCAAUUUCCUUUACAUAAUCAACUUUGUCAUGUUAUUUUAAAGCCACGAGAUAUGUGACCAGCAGCUCUACAAUCAACUAGAUGUUUAUUAUAGUAGCAAUAGUGACUUUUUCGUUCAGAAACAUACCUUCCUCAUCACUAUCACGUGGUGUCGCCAGUCUUACAGAGGGUGCAGGUGCUGUGCUGCUAGUGCUGCCAGUGGUGGUGGGUACGGUGAUUGUUGUGGUGGGCAUUGUAAGUGUACUGGUGAUGGUGGCUGUGGUAAGUGUGAUUGUAGGCAUUGUAAGUGUACUGGUGGUGGUGGGUGUGGGAAGUGUUGUAGUGGUAGUAGUGAUUGUGUUGGUGGUGGAUGUUGGAAGUGUUGUAGUGGUAGUAGAGCUUGUGUUGGUGGAUGGUGUAGUAACUGUUGUGGUGGGUGUUGUGAAUGUACUGGUGGUGGAUGUUGGAAGUGUUGUAGUGGUAGUAGUGCUUGUGUGGGUGGAAGGUGUUGUAAGUGUACUGGUGGUGGGUGUUGUAGGUAAUGCAGUGGGUGUUGUGUCUUGGCCCAACAGGCUUUGAAGCAGAUUCUGUAAGUUGACCUGCCGAAACAAAAAUCCUGGGCUGGCUGAUCCAGGUGAGGUCGCCUUUGGGAGAAAAGAAGAGGACACACAGUGAAUUUGUUAUUUCGAGCUUAUGAUAGCCUGUGUACAGACGUCCUCCCUCCAUAGAAAAAAUGGGGAGAAGAGACAUCUGUGAAUCGCCGUCGUUAUUCGUAUACCGAUAUACAUUUGCCUAAAUUGACAGUUGAAAAGAUGUUGACAGAUCAACACAACUCUGGACUCUUGUGCAGCAUGUACGCAGUUAUCAGAUGUUCUCAACCUUUAUAGCUAAGCUAGGUUCUAACUAGAAUAUCUAGUUAAAAUGUCCUUAAUAACGAGUAGAAGAUUGAUAGAGUUGGAAGAUUCUAACACAGUCUUCGGUCUUUUUUUGUUAGCUCAUAAAGUCGGUCCGUUACUGUGCAUCGAUUUCCUGUGGAUUUUGGUUUGGCAGAAUUUUGAUCUCAGAAGCACUUACUAAGUGUUUACAUUUCCAGUCGAGCAUUUUAUGAUCCAGGAUCAUUCACUUCUCUUCAGCAACAAAUUACAAGAGCGUUACCUUUGCCUAAUUAUUUUAAGAGUCAUGACCAACACAUGUAGGCCAAAAAUUGCCCUGGUGUCUGUACACAGGCCGGUAGCUGAAAAUCUUCACGCAAUGUCCAAGCUUAAAUCCAGAUAUAAGAUCUCUAAUUAAGCGCUGAAUUCUGUACAUCCUUCUCUUGUUAUUUUACAAUAAAAAAUCUUCUGAUUUAUGAGAGCUACUGAGGAUGUCGAGGCACCAAUACACAUUGUGUAUACAGACAAAUUGCAACAAUAAAAAGUGAAUGGAAGGAAACUGAAUAUUUUUCCAAAAUGAACUUACAGUGCUCGUUGAGACUGGAAGGGCAUACUGUGGUCUUACGUAUAUCGGGCACUGUGACCGCCAGCAGGUCUUGACUUCACUUGCAGACGGGUUUCGGUUUGUCACCUGCACCAGCUUCCUCUUGGUCGACUCGUCACACGUCAAAAACUCAAACUGUGAGCAAUUAAUCUCUGUUGAAACAACACAUAGAACAAAUUUUCAGAUAGUGAUGGUUUUGUAACACUGUACACAUACUUCUUUCAUGCAACACUAGAUUUUUUAAACCAUUAAAUUUAUAUUUGUUUGCCCUAUGUGACAGAAAAGCUUCCAAUUUCUGAUCUCACUUAAAUUGAACACAGCAAUGAGCAUGAGCAGUGUUUCUUGGCAUUUUGGGGAGACUCGUAGACAUUGUACUGUAGUAUGUUAUUGAUGGCAGCCCUCAAAAACACAUUUAACAAAUAUCUUAUUGCUUCUGAAAAAAUGUUAUCCGAUUCAUUUUUUCUUCCAAAAGGAAUGAUCAUGCCAUUUCUCUUCUUAUUGAUGCAAAUAUCCUACCAAUUUAGCUAUCUCUACUAAAGGCCAAUGUUCACCAAAGCAUCUUUGCGUGCAAUAUACUCCAGAAAAAUGAUCUUUUUAGUUGAAAAUUGCUGUCUUCAGUGUUUAUAGAGUCAUGCUUCAGCCAAGUGUGAAAAAUGCGAACACUCUGCCCAAUCAAAACACUGAAUUUGACAAAAGAAGUGUUUCAAAACAAGAACACAAGCACGCAAAGCCACUAGGGUGAACAAUGCCUUACCCAAUGCAUGAUAAUCAUUCUAAUACAGCACCCUCAAAAACUUUUUAUUUGUUCCAGCAGAUGUCUUCUAUUUAUUCUUAUAACAAAUGAUCAUCCUCGACAAAAAACAUGUACAUCAAAAAAUUUAAUCUUGAAAAACUAAGACAAGCCGUCCCAAAUCCUGGCACAAAAUAUUAUUAUGGAAUGAGAUAACAGGUAGAAUGAGAGAUGUCAAAAUAUGUGUAUUAAACAAAAAUUAAUCAGUGUACUCUUUAAAAAAUUAAAAGAAAAAGUUGAUUACAGAAUACCUUGAUGCAAGAAAUAAAAUCGCGAAAUCCUAAAACUUAACUCCUUUCACAACUUGCAUUAAUGAGAUUUGUUUUUCUUGCUUUUGACUUUAUAGCAGAUGUUCUUUCUUUUCUUUUCUCUUUGCUUUUACUUUUUAUUAUGUAAUAGAAUUAAUUUGGCAUGCCUCAACUAGCACUUUUGGCUACAUGUAAUUUUGUGCCCAAAAAUUUUCCUCGUUUUGUCUUGACUUAUUGGAUUUUGGUCAGUAUACUACAAACAGGUGUAUGUUCUUUCACCAAAUAUAUCAAUAAUUAGUAUUUACCUAAUCAGUGGCUGGCAAUUUUGAGUGUUCUGAUUGUCUCUUGUAACUCAGAAUAUCUAUGGCUAUUCACUGUUUUGUAAGAAAAAAUGGUGUCUCUCAUUCCUUGCUUAGUGAAAGCCAUUAUUCAUUGCAAGAUACAAAAAUACUUUAAAACUCUCCAGCUGAACCAACUUGAAAUUUAGCGUAUAUACUGUUAACCCCUUAAACCCUCGUGAUAUUAAAAUCGAGAUUCUCAUUUACUGUCCCCAUACAAUCUAAUAGAAGUAGUGGGGAGAAUUUCUUGAAAUAUCAAUUAGACUCCUCUUCCCUGGUCACGUACUCAAUUCUCAUGACCACUAUGUCUUCUAAAGCAUCGAUAUUAUAAGGAGAAAUUUAAGGCUGAUCUAUCUUAGGGCUUAAAGGGUUAAUCAUGUGGUUUCUGUACAAGGUAGUGUAUAAAAGGUAUCAGUCAAAAUACAACGGCAAUUUUCUUAUAACAUGCACGUAGGUUAUUUCAUGGGCGAUGAAUUCUGAGAAUUGUCACCUACUGUACUAUAGCAUCAUUUUAAGUCGAUGCUGUUUUAUUGGUGCUUGUAAAUAUGGAAAGAUUUUACUUACGUUACUGUUCUCAGAUGCCCUUGGGCUUGAAACGCAUACAGAAUGGUCGUUCUGACUUCUUGGGACGUCAUCCCGGUCCUGAAUGCGACGCGAGCCUCGCCCUGCGCGUCGCGGAUCAUACCUCUGGCCGUAGUCACUAAAACAUGGAACGACCUAAAACCACCUAAAACCACCUACAACCACCUCAAAAAAUUCAACAACCACCUCAAACCAUCUACAAACACCUCAAAAAAAUCUACAACCACUCACAAACAAUCUAAAACCAUCUAAAACGAGGUAUAAAUGUCUCAAAUAAGGCGAGACGACAACAUGUCACGUACAUGAAAUACGAGAAUCGAACAAAACAUCCACCUCCCCCCAAAAUCUUACUCUCCCUGGUCCCUUGUAUCAUCAACCUUUGGCUUAAGUCACGAAAUGAAAUGCGAGAUCAUGCUAAGUAUAUUAAAAGACUUAAAGAACUUUACAAAAUGAACUAUCAAGUCACAAAAAAUAAUAAAAUAAAAUAACAAACUCGUAGUCGAAAGACUGACUUGAUUUGGCUUUUUCUACCCUGGGUACCAUUGAGACGUUUUGGUUGACGUUUCAUUUGUUUACAUAAUAGAGACCUUUAACAUCACGUUUUUCAUAAGAAACAGCAAACCGCAAACCACAAAAUGUCAUGUGACCUCGGCCUUGCCGUCACGUUUGCAGUUUACAGUUCACGUUUGAACCGCAGGAAGGGCUUCCAGCGGUAAGUAAUUUACGGCAAGGUUUUUUGCCCCCAAAAAUUGUACAGCCUCGCGUUUAAAGGUAUGAACUAGCUUUUUAUAUCCGUUUGCGAUGUGUUUGUUGGAUUUCUGAUCUCCAGUCAAUGAAUUAUUGCUGAUGUUUGGGCGAUUAAAGUGAUGCACUUCGACUUGAUGAAAACAACACGGCUAAACAAUGAACGCGUAGUUCAAAUUAAUUUUAUAUUCCUUUCUGCCGUACUAACAAAGGAAAGUAUUCUGUUCCAAUCCAGAGUUAAUUUUUUUUCUCUAUCUUGUUACUGAAUUCAUAACUUAAAUCAGUCUCUCUUUAGUUCCUAUUUUUAACGUAUCACUCCGCGAAUUUACCUGAUGCUAAAGGUCUCUAAUAGCACAAGGUAGGGUUUCUCUCUCUUUCGGACUGCUUCACUGCUGUUUUGUUCUGAGGUGGCGGAUUAUAUUCCUAAGGACAAGUUAAUUUUUUUAGCAUCUGUUUAUCAUCCACCAAUCAUGUUUGUACAUUCCCGGUGACUCCUUUAGAUUAACGCUAGUGUCGUUAACACCCGUUUUCUGUGUCAUCACACAAGGCUAACAAGUCUAAACUCCCUUGCGUCACGACACAGAAAGCGGAGACUAGUAGGUGUAAUCAUUGUUGAAAAUGUUAUGAAAAUAUAAUCUACAAUGCAGUGGAUUCAGAAAACAAGGUAAGACGAGCCGAAAUUAAUAAAAACGAUUUGAAAAAUUGUACAAGUGAAUGAUUGUAUUUAAAGUAAUUUACCUGGAUUUUUAUAUACGUUUAUUAUGUUUUGGAACCCAACUCUUCUUGGGAAUGAUGGGAUAUGCCCGCUUCUUGUUUUCGCUUUGCUCGUGGUAAAUACGUCCCCACCAUACUAUCUGAGAGCCUGGCACAGGCUAGAGUAGCUGGUACUUUACGAGCUAAAACGGAACGAAAAAUUUGGAUCACGUAUUCGGGUCUUCCCUCCCCGCCAAGGGCCGUUAAUGGUAAGAACGUUUUGAUUCAUUUUGCUAAAAAGAAUUAUCAAAUAUCAUUAUAUAAUCUUUUCUAAUUCUUGCAACUGUAAACGGGUUAAUAGCUGUAUAAAAUCAGGCUCUACAAAUGAGACACGUUCACACUAGACUAAAGGAUUCUGCGGGACUACAUUUCAGUUCACCCUAAAAAAGGGGGGGGAGGGGGGGCUAGGACUAAAAAAAGAGGCUACUAGAGAAAAGUGUGGGCCGGGGUCAGAGGCUAAGAUUGGAAAGUAGAAGAGACUGGUUAAAACGAUGUAUCAUGGUUUGCUUGUGUUUCCGGAGACUUUGAAUCCCAAAACUAAAGUUUAGAACUUUAUAUACAGUCAUAAUAGUCAUCUUGAAUUCUAUAUGUGUAGUGUAAACGCAUUUUGUCGUAUGGUUUAGAAUAAAUUAUGUUUUCAGAUCAAAGCUGCGUAAAUCGAACUGAACCAGUGCAUGGAACCUCGCGUUUCCUGUUUUUUACUCUCACCUAUUGUAAGUGUAUGGAAUAUGUGUGAAAAUCUUACUUAUGAAUCGGUAUAUUGCAAAAAGCUACGCAAGGAUCAAGAAUACUACUGACGACAAUAUACAGUACGGGGGCAGCUUUAGUGUCAACUAUUACUUGUCGAGAUAUAGUGCGUCUUACCGUUAAAGGCGACCAUCUUGAAUGAUUUUAAUGUACCGAGGAGGCGGGCGGCGGGGAUUAGUAGUUUUGACACUCAUGCUAGAUGGCAGCCCGUAACGCACAGCGCUCGAUCUCGACGAUAUUACGCGAAAAUAAGGGACUGUGAACAGUUUAUAUAUUAAUAGUCUCCGUGAACAGCUUUUGUUACUCACCUUUCGUAUUUUCUUUGGAAUUUGCUUUUCUUCAUUCUCUUCGUUUUCGUCUGAAUCACUGAGUAUCACUAUGGCUAAAAAAAAACAGUCACAUUAGGUAUUAUAUAACGUCGUGGCUUUCAAUCGGGCUGGCGGAGAUAAGAACUAGACGGAUUUUAAGGGAAAAGGCGGAAUGCAAGCAGUCUAGAAAAAGUAUGAAUAAGAAUGGUCUGCAUUAGAAAUAUUUUAAAGGAACUGUACGUAUCUUCGGGAUCUUCCUUUCGCAAGAACGCCAUCGUGUACGAAUGGUGACACGUAUGCAAUGGUGACUCAUGAUCACGUUUUGCUCCGGCUGAGAUUCUAAAUGAAAUUUUCCAGACAUAUUCCAGAUUUCGCACCAUAUGUAAUCACUGGUACUGUGACAUUUGAAACAUGAUUUUAAAACAAUUAAAAAUCACAAACCAUCAGUUGUUGCUUAAAUUAUAAUCAAAUUGUCGAUGAGUUUCACAAGAGAGAGGAAACAAAAUCAAACUUAUAUUCCAGCCCUCCCAACAUAAGAGGACAGUGCGGUGGAAGUUUUGUGUUAAGCUUAAUGGUUGAUGAUACAAGGGAACAGGGGACCAGGGAGAGUAAGAUUUUAGGGGGAGGUGGAUGUUUUGUUCGAUUCUCGUAUUUCAUGUACGUGACAUGUUGUCGUCUCGCCUUAUUUGAGACAUUUAUACCUUGUUUUAGAUGGUUUUAGAUUGUUUGCGAGUGGUUGUAGAUUUUUUUGAGGUGGUUGUAGAUGGUUGUAGGUGGUUGUUGAAUUUUUUGAGGUGGUUGUAGGUAGUUGUAGAUUGUUGUAGGUGGUUUUAGGUCGUUCCAUGUUUUAGUAACUACGUACCUCUGGCCCUUCCACGUGGUACGUCAUCUUCUGUUGGGUCGCCUAGGAGAAUCACCACCCUGGAAAACUGUGCUCCUACGCUUGUGUAAGGACGUGAUCGGUUUCGGCCUCUUCCUCGUGACGCUCCUCCUCUUGCACUAAAGAGCGGCCCGAUAUUUCUUAUCGAUGGAGGAGUUUGUAAGGUAGAUCCGGUAGCCGCCGUGGUAGUAACCGAGGGGGUUGACGGAUUUCCUGAAGCUGUUGAAGGUGUCGAAGCCCUAAACAGCCGAUCAACCUCCCUGCUGACGUUCGGUUGGUUUAAGAGAUUCAACAGUGCACGUAAUCCCUGUACUGCGUUCGGAUCCAUCUUCGACGCGAAUGAGUCCUUGCGUUACAAUCAUGUGGGUUUUAUACGUUUUCCUGGCUAGUAACAACAGUUCCCUUUGUUGUGUAAUCAAUAAGUGACAAGUUAACUAUUCAGGGGAUAAUUGAAACGUUCCGCCUUUCAUUUGCGGUAGUUUCCUCUAUUGUUCCAAACAUUUCUAUCACCAAGAAAAACGAUCGACCUACGUUUUCAAAUGAAAAAAAAACAACAAAAGAAAAACUUGUGAGAUGCAAACUUGACUUGUGACAAAUGUGUUCGAAAGACAGUAUGUUUAUCUUUGAAGGAUCUUUCAUAAAGCGCAAAGUAUCAAUUGACAGCAAGCGGUCACGCAUUAAAGCGGCAUAAACAAAGGCGCUAGCACGCAUAGAGUUAACUACACUCUUUUAAGAAUAUACUUUGCAAGAAUAUCGCGGCUGAAAUGUGUGAAGUUUUAAGAAUAUUUUACAAAUAAACCCAAGGCUGAGGUUUCGAAAAGGAAAUAAUUUACUGUGUGGAAAUUUUUUUCUAGCCAACAAAACGUAAAAACCUGCCCGAAAAUAGUUGACACCCAAUUGCAGUCUUUAUAUCUAAAACGGAAAUGUCAUAAGAUAUAAAGUAAGAAUAACGCAAGACUAUUGUCAGCUUAAAAUUGACAGAAAAACCAGAAUAUUCAGCCUGGGCCGGAAAAAUAACAUUCUUAAAAGGAGAAAAGAAUGUGAAAACAAUAACCUUGGUCCUCGUGCCUUUGCUUAUACGCUUAUACGCGUGGCCGAAAAUCAAACUUCCAAAGUAAAAACAUAUGCACUCGUUAAGACCCGGUAUAUCUAAUCGAACAUUCGGUAACCCAACUCAACCACCCAACGAACAUUUCCUGUAAAAUACAUGUUCGGAUAGCCGCAAAUAGUGUUCAGAACUUCCUAUAUAGCUUGAUGACCAAUCUAUUCAUGUACAUUAUUCGAAGCUUAUCUAAUAAAUUCCCUACUAUUUUCUAAAGUGUAAUUGUUCUUAAUUCCGUCCACGGGUUAAACUAAUUUUCGUAGAAAAAGAAAACCUAACAUUUUCAGACUCGGGAAAUGCGAUGGAGCGAGCAUUAGAAAAUGUCUUACGAUCGUAACACCUUAAAUUGCAUCUUAACAUUUCAGCAAAAUGAUACUGAAGCCCUUAGUUAUACUUUCAAAAUGACUCAAGUUGCCUUAGGAUGACCGAACAGGUACAAAUGUUAUAGCGCCGCUUAGAGCGCAUUUCUACCAGCGCUCCUCUUGGUAGCCUAGAAAGUGUGCAUUUGGGAGGAAACCUUCCGUUGGUGUGUGCCCCAUGGUAGCCUUACGAUCAGAAAACAGGAUUUUGCACGCUCGCGUACCAACUAUGUCAAUACGUAUACAGCUAAAUCAAAAAAGUUUGCUUUGGUAAGUUAAGCAUUGGUAAUUGGGCAUUGAGCAUUUCGGCAUAUGGAACAGUGCAAUGAUUUACUUCGGGUAACUGAAUCCGCAAUAUUAUACAUCUUACAGUAAAAAAGUACAUAAUAAGUAAGGGAAGGUUUGUUCAGUUUUUUUUUUUAAUUGGGGGGAUUGGGGGUAUUUUUCAUCCUUUUUCUGGUAAACACGUGACCCUACCCCAUUCCUGAGCUUCCACUGCAUGUGUACUGGUUCACCACAAUCGGCAACUACGACCCUUCUCUGACAGUGACAAGCUUCCUCAUUCCUAUUAUCUAUCACUAUCAGCGUGAGCAACAUCUAUGGAAAUUUUAACCCCGAGCUCAAAUGAAUAGAAUGUUCAACUUCAUUUGUACUUGAUUGGAAGAAGCCAGGGAAAGUGGCUUUAUGUAAGCACUUAACGACAACAGGUUCUUAUCAGGCUAGGAGAAAGAGGCUCCUCUUCGUGAAAAAACAUCUUCGUGUUCAAAAAGUAAUGAAGAGGAAAGGAUUGUAGGCUCUGAAACAACCGGUGAUCGUCAACACCAUCAAAAGAAUUGAGCGAUAUAAGUCACAGCCCUGUGAUUGCAUACAGUGGUCACAUCACUGAACGUCAAGUUAUGGCCGAAAGAGAACACGGGUCGUCUAAGACAUUUACGUGCCGUGCCAGAACAAGGUGAUAAAACAUGAUAAAAGAAAGACAGAAAGGGUGAAUGAAUAUGAUGAAUGAACUUUAACAAGACUGCUGUUUGAAAGGAAUCUUGAGAGAUUACAAGUUCCCGUUCGAUAAGAAGGACUGGUACGAAGCUUUAAAAUUCGAAAAAAUGAUUUCAAUAUGGUAACUGCAUGAACACAUGUACACAAACCACUAUGAAAAAAAGUCUUCACUCUCCCUUAAUACCGUUUUUAAAUUAUGGUUCGACCAUCCCCAAAGGUCCAUUUUUUUUUUUGGCUGACCCUCCCCUCUGAAGCCCAGUCCUCUCUCCCAUUAAAAACGUACCUUCCCUAACUGGAUACAGUAAUCUAGAUAAGGUUGGAGUUUGUAGCGCAAGAAUAGGAUAUAUUUGAUUGCCCUCGACGGGAGCGCGACACCACAAUGCGGUUGGAUUUGUUGCCAUAAAAAAAGAAUCAUAGUGAGACCGCGUCGACCUGCCUCUGCAAGGUGUACAGAAUUAAAGUAAAACUCUUUGCGUUGUUUCUCUAGUUUUUACCCGACCCUCGCGACGUACCGGUACCAUCACAAAUUUUUAAUUUUGUUAUAUAUUGCAACAUAAGAAGAUUCAUUAGCUUUUAUGUUUUAUUUUUUUGCAGGACAGUGUCGACCUACUGGAAUUUGUUUUGCUGGGGCUUGCGAGGAGCCUCCUUACGCGUCUAAAAUUCAAUCCAUAGAGGGGAAGGAUGAAAAAAAAAAAAAAAUUGGUGAGGAGAAGGGAAGCCGAGAUGCAUGAGAGAUUCAUCAGUAACUGGAGCUCUUGAUUCAGUCUAAUUUCCAUGUAUCGAUUUAUUGAAAGACAAGGACAACACAUUUAGUUCUCUGCCGCCAGAUGUUACAAGCCCCUUUAGGUAUUUUACCCUUAUACUGGCCUUUUUUCACAUUCCAUGUUGUGAAGACAAUAAAAAUCAAUUUGAUUUUAAUAAAAAAAGGUUUUCCCGUUUAUAGUAGGGGGAACUAGAUUGCUCUAAAAGAUUCACGAGUACAACACAGUGAAAUGAAAAUAGGUAAUUUACGGGUAAAACGGGUGAAUCCAGGAUGGUACUGUUUUAGGGGCCCUGAUUCAGCCUCACUGAAAUGAGGCUGUUUUGGUAACAGUUUUUGGGACUAUAUUGAUACAUUGGAUCCAAAUUAGACCAGGCGAAAACAUUAGUGCUACUUUUGAUUUUCAAGUGGGUAAAACAGCCCCCUCAAAUUUCGGCCCUCUUGCAAACUACCCCUCAAAAAGUAGCCGAUUCAGCUCCAAGUCGGGCCAUUUCAGUAUUUCAUGGGUCUCUUUUUCUUCCCUUAAUUAUCGGCAAAUAGUGAAAUCAAAACUUUCAAACAUUUAUUCAGUUCUACACAAGUUAGCCUAAAAUUAAUGAAGUAUAUCUGUAAACUGUGUAUCAUAAUAAAGUGUAUACCAACAUAUGUAGACGAACAUAAACCUUCCAACCUCAUAAAGGAAGGAAAUUGGGCCAGAGAGGCACCUGAGUGCAAUCCGACUAAAUCCUUGUUUUCGGCUGGUUUUCACUCGUGACAAAGUCGGGGUCACAAUCAGAGUCGUAAAAGCACAUUAAUAUCACCUAGUGAAAAUAAAAAAUCAUAGUCAUCAAUUGGAGUCAUCAGAAUUUUAUAUUCUUCACAGUUCUGCUUAUGAUGUAGAAAACCAGAUUAGGAGGAGUGGAAGGAUAAACCAGUCACAAUGCUUGUUCCCUUGCUUUGUGAUGGGUUUAGUUCUUUAGCUUCUGAGUGGAACUCCUAAAACUUAUAGUUUUCACUAGAUCGAAACUGAAGGAGUCGUACUUGGAGUAAUUAUACCCUAUCUCAAGGCUCUACGCUCUUGAUUAUAGUUCCUACUCAGUCUGUAUCCAUCGCUAGUAAACCAGCCAAUGUCGGUUCCUACGUACAAAAUCGCCUCCCUUGUCUCUAAGGGAUGAAAGGGAAAUACUCGAUGGUUCCUAAUCGGUUGUUUUUUCUUGGAACUGUCUUGUAAAUUUUGCAAUGCGAUAUUCUUGUCCACAAAAGGCACGAUGUCGUUUUUUCCGUUAUUCGACCUCUAAAGUUUCGAUUCCUCUUUUUUGUCCAUGAUUCCUUUUGCAGCCCCAAGCAUCAGGGGCACCCAA